CCCGCCGCGCGCUCAGUCAUUGUCCGACCAAUACCCUGGUCGUACAUGCGAACCGACCGGCCUUGUCGCUACUUCGAUAGUCGUACGAGUACCCGUUAAUCUGAACGGUCCGCUCUGAACCCUGGAGUGUAGGUGCAGUGUGAAGUGAUGGUGUGUUUUUAGCCAUACAAAAACGAGUGUAUCGCUACAAAGUAUCACUGUCUACUGUGCGGUGCUAGUUCCACUAGUUAUCUAACGGCUGUUCGCCUGCCGGCGAGGGAAGGCGGAUCGCUUCUACCGGGAGGAAUGAGCCCCGCACACCACCGGUCCCGCACUCACCGAUGAUCUCAAGAGACCAUGUAUAUAGAAACCUUACCGCUCGUGGUUUGGACGCUCUUAGUCACAACGACACAUGUAGCGACAGAAGGGCAAUAUGGAAUAGGUUUAGGAAUAAAACGAGAAGUAUUUUUCUUAAAUUUAGAAGACGGCUACUUUGGCUGUCAAGUAAAUGAGUCAACACAAAUAUUACAAUUAUAUGAAUUAUCAAAAUUAUGCGACGGUGUGCCAGACUGUUACAAGGCCUCCGACGAGCUUAGGUCAGACUUAAAAUGCACAGAUGAUUGUACCAAAGAAGAUGGCGCGCGUUGUAUAAAUGGUGCUUGUCUGAACGGUGUGUGCCAUUGUAAUGACGGUUUCGGCGGCUGUAACUGCCAGGAACACGAUGUAAAUGAAUGCAAAGAAAGGCCUUGCGAUGUUUUUGCUCAUUGCACUAACAUAGUGGGUAGUUUCCAGUGUUCGUGUUUCCCAGGCUAUGAAGGUGAUGGUUUCACUUGCAGAGACAUAAAUGAGUGCGAAGACCCGGCAAUAGUAUCACGAUGCGUUGAAAAUGCUGAGUGCUGCAAUUUGCCCGCUCAUUUCAUCUGCAAAUGUAAAAGAGGCUUUCAAGGCGACGGGGAAGAAGAAUGCCGAGAUAUUGAUGAAUGUCGUCGACCUGGCGCUUGCGGAAUAAAUGCCAUAUGUCAGAACUACCCAGGAAACUAUACGUGUGCAUGUCAAGUUGGUUACACUGGAAAUCCAUUCGAUGGCUGUGUGGAUGUCGACGAAUGUGCGAAUGGUAACGCGUGCGGUCCGGGAGCGGUGUGUCGUAACGUAGAGGGCGGCUACGAGUGCAGCUGUCCAGUUGGGUAUGAAGGCGAUCCGCGCGUUGGCUGCCGCCACCACGAUGGGUGCGCCUCCUGCGGCCGAAACGCUGUCUGCGAAACCCUCCCUGACUUCCGCUGUGUUUGUCCACCGGGCUUCGAAGGCAACCCUGGCGUACAGUGCACUGACGUGGAUGAGUGUAAGGGUAGCGAGCGAGUGUGCGGUGCGCACGCCUUAUGCACCAACACCGUGGGCAGUUUUGUGUGCACGUGCCAGCCCGAGUAUACGGGGGAUGCACGUGCGCCCAACGGCUGCCGAGACGUUGACGAGUGCGAGGUGCUCGAGCGCCCUUGUGGAACUCACGCACUUUGCGAGAAUGCUGAACCAGGAUACAACUGUGUUUGUCCUCAAGGAUAUAGAGCGAAACCAAAUCCACAAAUCGCAUGUGAACAGGUCGAUGUUAACACCUUGUGUAAAACUAACUUUGAUUGCACUAACAACGCUGAAUGUAUCGAAAAUCAAUGUUUCUGUAAAGAAGGAUUUGACGCUAGAGGAUCUGUAUGUGUAGACAAUGAUGAAUGUGCUUCUAAAAAUGCAAUAUGUGGAGAAAAUGCAAUGUGUGUCAAUACACCUGGAGGGUAUAGUUGCGAAUGUGCUACUGGAUUUGUAGGAUCACCCCCGCGCGUAGCUUGUCGCGCCCCUUGUGAAGAUGUGAAAUGUGGUGACCAUGCAUACUGUAAGCCAGACGGUAACGAAGCUUACUGCGUCUGUGAGAAUGGUUGGACUUUUGACCCUAAUGACAUCGCCGCUGGUUGUAUAGACAUUGACGAAUGCGACUCUGCUGUUGAAUCUGAGCAACGUUGUGGCAGAAACGCAAAAUGUACUAAUUCCCUCGGAAGUUUCGCUUGUCAGUGUCCUGAAGGAUAUACUGGGGAUGCAUACAAACAAUGUUUAGAUAUAGACGAGUGUCACCUAGACGGUACAUGCGGUAUUGGCGCCGAAUGCAUAAACUUAGAUGGGUCUUAUAAUUGUGAGUGUCCCGAAGGAACAAUACCAGACCCUGAUGCCAGAGUGCGUUGUGUUGAAAUACUCUCUUGCAAAAAUGACAACGAUUGUCCUGGAAAUGCUUUAUGUGAUUCUAAUUCAAGAUGCCUCUGUCCAGAACCCAAUGUAGGCAAUGAAUGUAGACAUCCGUGUGAAUCUUUGCAAUGCGGUAGUAAAUCAGAAUGUUUGCUAAGUGAUCAUGUAGCGCAAUGCACUUGCCAAAGUGGCUUUACCGGUGAACCGUUAUCUCCUAGCGGUUGUCAAGAUAUUAAUGAAUGUGAGGCAAAUCCUUGUGGCCCAGGUGCUGUUUGUAAGAACCUCCCAGGUCGCUUUCAGUGUGAAUGUCCCGGUAGAUUUAGCGGCGAUCCUUACGUCGACGGUUGUGUGGCAGGAAAAAUGCCAAAUGAAUGCAGUGAUAUGAAUCCAUGUCCUCAGGGUGAACAAUGUAUUUUACACGACGGUGAAAAUGUUUGCAUUUGCUCUCAAGGUUUCUCACGAAGUAAAGAAACGGGGUUGUGCGAAGACAUAAAUGAAUGUACGCAGCAUGGACGUUCCCCUUGCGGAUUAAACGCUAUUUGCAAAAAUUUACCAGGAAGUUAUGAAUGUAAAUGUCUACCAGAAUAUAGUGGCAAUCCGUACAAACUUUGCGUAAUAUGUAACGAUAUAAGUUGCCAGUGCCAGCCACCCUACAAAGUAGUUGACGGAAAUUGUGUUUUAUCAGGCUGCAAUAAAGAUAAUAAGUGUGGAAAAGGAGCUGAAUGUAUCGUCAUUUCUGAUGGUGUUAGUUAUUGUGCCUGUCCAGUCGGUUUUACACAGAGUACAGAUGGCGCGUGUGAAGACAUAAACGAAUGCACAUCCGGACAACCAGUUUGCGGUUUCGGUGCGGAAUGUGUGAAUACAGUCGGCUCUUUCUUAUGUAAAUGUCCCCUUGGCUACGGUAAAGAUCCAAUUUCAGGCCAUUGUGCGCUAAACCAAAAGCGCUGUAUAAGCGAUUCCGACUGCUUUCCGAAUGAAAAAUGCGUACAGCCCGGUAAAUGCGUGUGUCCUCCACCAUUCUAUUUAGAUGUAUCAGAUGGACAAAAAUGUAAGAGUCCCUGCGAAAGAUUCACUUGCGGCAUUAAUGCCAAAUGCACACCAAGCGACCCUCCGAGAUGUAUGUGUAUGACGGGCUAUGAAGGCGAUCCUUACACUGGAUGCACAAAUAGAAAUGAAUGCCACAGUGCGCCGUGUGCGUAUGGUGCUAUAUGUCAUGAUAAAAAAGGAGGAUAUCAAUGCGACUGCCCACAAAAUAUGGUUGGAGAUCCAUAUAAAACCGGAUGCUACAUCGAGGAAGGGCCUUCACGUUCAUUGUGUAGUUCAGAUAAUGAGUGCCCAAAUACACUUGCUUGUAUGAACCGUACUUGUAUUUCACCGUGUAAUAUUCUGUCCUGUGGUUCGAAUGCGUUUUGUGAAGUCGAUAACCAUGCUGCGUGGUGUCGUUGCAAUCCAGGUUACACUAAACCAGUGAGUGGCAAAUGUAUUUCAGGAUGUGAUUCAUAUUCAUGCGCGUCUGGAGCCCAAUGCAUAAUAUCCAAAACCGGUCCCACAUGCGUUUGCCCCGAAGGGAUGGUGGGCAAUCCAUUCCCAGGCGGCACAUGUAGAAGAGAUGUAUGUGGACCCGGUUCUCCUUGUGACGAGCCACUAACAUGCGUAGCGGGUCGAUGUCGACAACGUUGCGAGGGAGUUGUUUGUGGAGUGGGCGCCUCGUGCGAUGAGGAAAGCGGCCGAUGCGUUUGUAAUGCGUUCUUUGUUGGAAACCCCGAUUUGUUGUGUAUGCCACCUAUUUCUCCGCCAGCCUGUGAGCCCGGUUGUAGUCAAAACGCACACUGUGUUUAUGGACAGACGAAUGUGUGCAAGUGUGACAAAGGUUUUACGGGAAAUCCUUAUAUUAAAUGUUUGCCUCGAAGACAGAUAACAUGCAUUACAUCAGUUUGUGGGCAAAAUGCUGUAUGUCAACAAACAAAAUCACAUGUCGAAUGCUUAUGUCCACCAGGAUAUGUUGGAAACCCCAAUUUACUUUGCACCGAUAUAGACGAAUGUAAUUCUAAACCAUGUGCAGAGAACGCAAUUUGUAUCAAUACGCCAGGCAGCUUCAGUUGUAUAUGUAAAAGUAGAUAUGUUGGCAAUCCUUACGAGCUGUGCUCUCAAGUCUCGAUUUCUAAAUGCACAGAAGGUAGUAUUUGUACGUGUUCACACAAUGCCACAUGCCCCGAAGGGUACAUUUGCGAAAACUCGAGAUGUGUAGACGUAUGCCGCACUAUGAUGUGUGGCCCUAAAGCAAUGUGUGAAGAGGGUAAUUGUAUUUGUCUCCCAGGAUAUAAAGGAAAUCCAAAUGACUUACGGCGUGGUUGUGUAGCUGAUAACAAAUGUACAAUGGAUGGGGACUGCAAAGAUUCAGAGAUCUGUUUCCAAAUAGCUAAUAACGUCCGUAAAUGUGUAGAUUCAUGCAGUAAACUUCAAUGUGGUCCAAAUUCUUUAUGUGUGAGCGCUAAUCACCAAGCUCAUUGCAUUUGCUCCGAAGGCUACGUGGGAAAACCUAGUGACAUCAAAACCGGAUGCCAUCUACAACAAAGAGAGCCGAAUGAAGUUGAAUGUAACGUAAACAGUGAUUGCGACGAGUUGCAAGUUUGUGUAAUGGUGGACGGUACUACUAACAGAUGUUUAGAUCUAUGCUCGACUAUAGCAUGUGAUGCCAAUGAAGUAUGCAAUGUAGUGGACAAUACUGCUCGAUGCGAAUGUAAAGGCGGCUUCUUAUGGAAUCCCGUUACAUCUGUAUGCGAACAACCUUCUACGCCAAAUUGUCAAGUAGACGAAGAUUGUGAUGACAAUAAAUCUUGUGAAAGAGAUGUCCUUAAUGUGAAAAAAUGUACGGAUAACUGCUUGGUAUUUACAUGUCCUCAAAAUGCAAGAUGUGUUACAAGAAAUCAUAAGAGUCAAUGCGAAUGUCUAUCUGGUUUUGUUGGAAACCCAAACGACCGAGAUGGCUGCAUAGCAUUUAAUAAAAACCAGUGUUCCGAAGAUGUACAGUGCAGAGAAAAUGAGGUCUGCAAAACUAUAGGAAAUGCCAAGAAGUGUGUACCAGCUUGUCAACAGAUUCAAUGUGGGCCGAAUGCUGUGUGUAUUACUAACAAUCACGCUGCGAAGUGUGAAUGUCCAUCUGGACCUUUUACAGGAAAUCCAAAUGACUUGGAAAAAGGUUGUCAAUCAGUACCUUGCAUUUACAAUACAGACUGCCUAUCUAAUGAACUAUGUAAUAGAAUGACACACUCUUGUAUGAAUGCAUGUGAAGAAGAUACAUGUGGCGAUAAUGCCGUAUGUAUAGCUGAAAAUCACAAAACCAGUUGUCAGUGUCCGAGUGGAUUUAAGGCGGACCCUAUACCUGAAAUCAACUGUAAAAAAAUUGAAUCAUGUAAUCCCAAUCCCUGCCAUCCUACAGCUAUAUGUGAACCACGCCUUUCAUCAUAUAUCUGCAGAUGUCCCGCAGGGUUCGUUGGAGAUCCAGAUAAAACAGGAUGCAGAAAACAGGGCGAGUGUUUUAAAGGGGACAACGAUUGCCCUCCAGGGGCAACUUGUGUUAAUGGACGUUGUGUAAAUCCAUGUGACGGCGCUUGUGGAAUUAAUUCACUUUGUAAAAUUGUAGACAGAAAAGCAAUUUGCAUUUGUCCAGAUGGAUAUGAAAAUACUCAAGGUGGAAAUGUAUGUAAAAAAAAAAUAUUGGCCUGUUCUGCCGAACGCGACUGUGACGGAGAUAUAUGUUCUAAUGGACAAUGUUUCACUGCCUGUAAAGACUCCAGCCAAUGCGACCCAGGUGAUUCAUGUCUAAAAAACUUUUGCAUUACUCAGUGUAGUAAACACACCCAAUGUGGUAUCGGACAAGCUUGCGUAGGAGGGCAAUGUAUAAUUGGAUGCAGAAGCAAUGAAAACUGUCCCAGUGAUGAAGCAUGUGUAAAUAAUAGAUGUGUUAAUCCUUGUCUGGCGACAAGAGUUUGUGGCCCUAAUGCUAUUUGUUCAAGAAUUAAUCAUAGUACUAGAUGCGAAUGUCCCCUGGGAUUUGAAGGCACACCAAGUGCACAACAAGGAUGUGUACGAAAACCUACUUCAUGUCUUAAAACAUCGGAUUGUCCACCGGAACACAUGUGUAUUGGUCGUUUAUGCCAAGUACCAUGUGAAGAUAAUUCUGGUUGCGCUAUCGGAGAAAAAUGUAGCGACAGUAAAUGCCAUAAAAUUUGUCAUUCUAGUAGUAACUGCUUGCAUGGCGAACACUGCAGUUCAGGUAUAUGUAUACCAGGAUGUAAAACAGACUCAGAUUGUCACACUAACCAAUUAUGUAAAUCAACAAAAUGUGAAUGUUCACCUGGAUUCCAAUUAUCGGGAGACGAAUGCGUUAAUGUUAAUGAGUGCAUCAACAACCCGUGUCAUCCUUCUGCCCAGUGUAUUGACACACUGGGUUCUUUUAAAUGUAUAUGUCCGAUUGGAGCAGUUGGUGAUCCUUUUAGAACUGGUUGCUUACUUCCCAAUCAAUGCCGUCGUGACAGUCAAUGUGAAAACACACUUGCUUGCAUAAAAGGAAAAUGUUCGAAUCCUUGUCAAUUGAAUGGCUGUGGGUUGAAUGCAAUAUGCUCAGUGGUGAAACACAGGGUCACAUGUGCCUGCGAAAAGGGUUAUCUGGGAAAUCCGUUUGACAAAAACAUUGGCUGCUUCAAAGUUGAAUGUGUAGAGGAUUCAGAUUGCGCAAGCGAUAAGUACUGCAAUAGUAGAAACAACAAAUGUACAGAUAAAUGUGAAGAUUUCGCUUGCCAAGGCGGGACGUGCAAAAUCGAAAGCCAUAAAACUAUGUGCAUCUGUCCUUCUGGAUACGAUUUAAUGAAUAGCAUUUGUGAGGAUCUUAAUGAAUGUUUGAACAAUCCAUGUCCCCUAAAUGCAAAUUGUUUUAAUACCCCUGGUUCGUACACUUGCAAUUGUGCCAACGGAACCGUUUUGGACUCAAGUAGUGGAAAUUGCAGAAUACCAGGUGACUGUACAACAGAUAAUGACUGCUCUGAAAAAACUAAGUGCUACAACAAUCAUUGCAUCGAUCCCUGUGAGAAACUUUCACCUUGCGGUCAAAAUGCAGAAUGCCUUGUUGUAAAACACAAUCCCAUAUGUGAAUGUCCACCAGAUAGCCAAGGCGAUCCUUACAAAUCGUGUAGUAAAUUUGAAUGCGUUAAAGACGCCGACUGUCCGUCAGAAGAAGCCUGUGUUAACUACAAAUGCAAAAACUCCUGUAGCAUUCCCCGUGCUUGUGGCAGAAAUGCCGAAUGCCUUUCUAGAAACCACAUAGGGCAUUGCUCUUGUGCACCGGGAUACAGUGGAGAUCCGGUUUUAGGUUGUGUUCCUAUUCAGUACUGCACAGAUGAUACCCGAUGUUCGUCCGGAACUAAAUGCGUUGAUAAUCUUUGUGUAGGCCUUUGUAAAAAUUCAAGAGACUGUCUUAAUGACCAAGUUUGCAUUCAAGGAACUUGUCGAAUAACUUGCAAUUCAAACAACACCUGUCCAGAUUUCCAAUUCUGUCUUAAUAGAAUAUGUAGUAAAAACGUCCAAUGUAUAUCUAAUGAUGAUUGUGCUGAUGAUGAACAGUGCACUAUAGGUAGAAAUGGAAUCCCGCAAUGUAUAGACGUUUGCGAGAGACUUCCUUGUGGUAGACAAGCUACUUGUAUUGGUAAAUCGCACCAAGCUACCUGUUCAUGUAAGCGGGGAUUCUUUGGAGAUCCUUUGACUGGUUGCAAACGCAAGGAAUGCGAUUCUGAUGCAGAAUGUUCCGAUGACAAGUUAUGUGAAAAGAAUAUGUGUAAAAUCGCAUGUCUAUUAACAAAUGACUGUGGUGAUAAUUCGAUCUGUUCAUCUGAAAAACAUAAACAUAUUUGCUAUUGUCAACCGGGCUACACUGGUGAUCCAGUGAAAGGAUGUACACAAAUCAAUUGGUGUUCGUCAAAUCCUUGUGGCAAUGGCGCGGAAUGUAAAAACGCGAGAAAUCGGGCACAAUGUGCUUGUCCUGCGGGAACUGUUGGGGACCCAUAUGACGAAGGAUGUCGAAAAGCUCAAGAGUGUCGAUUUAACAGAGACUGCCCUGCAGUUGCCCGGUGUACAGUUGUAGAUGGCAUUAGAAAAUGUACUGACGCCUGUGAAAAUAUAAAAUGUGGUUCUAGUGCAGAAUGUGUGGCCACAAGACAUGUUGGUCAAUGCAAAUGCAAAGCAGGAUACGUAGGAAAUGCUGAUGCUGAAGGUUGUCGUUUACGUGAAAUAACUUGUACGGGCAAAGUAGACUGUCCGGGUGAUUAUUACUGUCACAAGGGAAUAUGCAAGAAUCUUUGUCUCCUAGACGAAGAAUGCGAAUCUAAUGAAAAAUGUAGCAAUGGUCAAUGCAUUGAUCCUUGCAAAACUGAGAAAGCUUGCGGUUUAAACGCAAUGUGCCGCACCGAUAAUCAUAUUACACAAUGCAGUUGCCCUUACAGUUUCACAGGAAAUCAGGACGUCGAAUGCGUAAGAAUACCGAGAUUGUGUGGCGCUGCUGGUGAAUGUGAAAAUGGUCACAUGUGUCGUGACUCUAUGUGUAUUCCUCAGUGCAAAGCUGAUGAAGAAUGUGCUCUAAAUGAACGCUGUUCGAAGGGAGCUUGUCUUUUAACAUGCAGAGUCGAUAACGACUGUUUCCUCGGGCAUAUCUGCCUAGCUAACGCUUGUCAAUACGGUUGCCGACAAGACGAAGACUGCGGACCUAAUGAAUUCUGUAAAAACAACUUCUGCCAAAAUCCGUGUGCGAACGAUAUAAAUCCAUGUGGUCCGAACGCCUUAUGUUCAGUUGUAGAUAGAAAAGCUUUAUGUUCCUGUACGGAAGGACUCAUACCAAAUCCAACGCCUAACAUUGGCUGUAUCAGAACACAAUCACUAACAUGUCGAAUGCAUACUGAUUGUGCCGUGGGUUGGAGAUGUGAAGACGAUCGUUGCAGACCUGCUUGUACACUUGAUGGAUCAGAAUGCCUGCAAGGAGAACGAUGUGAUUCCGGAGUUUGCCGAUUUGCUUGUACAGCUGAUGAGCACUGCUCGGACGAUGAAGUAUGUGAUGGCCGUAUAUGCGUUACGGGCUGCCGAUCGAACAAUCACUGUCCCGGCCAUCUAGCAUGUGUAUCAGGACAAUGUGUAGACCCUUGCACAACUCCUGCCACUUGCGGUGCUAAUGCAUUAUGCGCGACCAAUGACCAUCAACCUGUGUGUACAUGCCCUAGUAAUCUCGUUGGAGAUCCAAAAUCUGUAUGUAGAAGGAUUUCAUCGUCGUGCAAUACGGAUAAUAACUGCCCUAAUGGAUUUAGUUGCUACGGAGACAUAUGCUAUCCAUCUUGUAGAAGUGACAAUAUUUGUUUAUCAAAUGAAAAAUGCAUUAGAGGUAUAUGUAGAGUCGUAUGUAACAGUGAUGACGCUUGUAACGAGGGUCACAUCUGUGAGAACAGGAUUUGUAAACAAGGCUGUAGAGAUGACAAUGCUUGUGACGAAGUUCAAGCUUGUUUAAACGGACAAUGCAAAGAUCCGUGUAAAGAGAGUGGAAUCUGUGGUAUUUGCUCAGAAUGUCAGGUUUUAAACCAUCGCGCUCAGUGUAGUUGCUCUAGCAAUUAUAGCGGUAACCCGCUCGUGGAAUGUAAAAGAAAACGACUGCAAUGUGAUGGCUAUUGCCCUUGCGACGAUAGUGGAUACUGCAUAUCACUAUGUGACGACAAUUCCCACUGCAACUGCGGUGAAAAAUGUUUCAAUGGAGGCUGCAGAUCAUUAUGCUCAACAAGAAAUAAAUGUCCUGAAAGGCAAAUAUGUCUUCAGGGAGUUUGUAUGCCUGGUUGUAACACUGAUAGAGAUUGUGGUGACGACAUGUUGUGUUCAUCUAAACUUUGUGUUAAGGCAUGCCGUGAAAACUCUUGUGGUAAAAACGCUAUAUGUCUAGCUACUCGACACAGAGCUGUAUGCAGUUGUCCUAGCGGAUUUUCGGGAGACCCUAUGAAAGAUUGUAAAUCGUAUGAGUGUUUGCACGACGAAGAUUGCGGCUCAGAUGAAGAAUGCAAUCCAGAUGGAAAAUGUAAGAACGUUUGUUUAGGCGCAUGUGGACUUAACGCUAUUUGUCGCUCUGUAAACAGAAGUCCACAAUGUACUUGCCCACCCAAUUAUUUGGGCAACUCAAAAGUGGAAUGCACUAAAUCAUCAGCUGGUAGUUGUUUACGCAAUCCUUGUGGAGUAAACGCCCGUUGUCGUGACUUGGACGAUGGUAGCUACGAAUGCACAUGCCCCCCUGGCUGCGCUGGUAACCCACAAAGACAAUGUUUCUGUGGAACUAUGGAGCCAUGUGCUUAUAAGCCGUGUGGAAUGAAUGCACAGUGCCGUAUAGGACAGAACGGCGAGGCACAAUGCUAUUGUCCCCGUAAUUAUCCUAACGGAGACCCAAAUAUAGAAUGUGCUCUUGAACGGAGUGUAGUUGAUUGUAGAACAACAGGAUGUGGAACCAACGGAGAAUGUUUGAGAGAAGGUGCCGAAUUUGUAUGUCGAUGCGUUCCCGGUACUGAAGGCCAAGCAGACAUCGAGUGUCACACCAGUAUCGAAUGUACGAGCGACAAGGAUUGUCCUGUAGACAAAGCGUGUUUGAGCUUACGUUGCGUGGACCCGUGCACCGUGCGAGGUGUGUGUGGCGAAGAUGCGCUCUGCGUGUCACUGAUGCAUCGCGCGCAAUGCUCAUGUCCGCAAUGUUACAUCGGCCAACCACGACUCGCCUGCCGUCUGGAUCCCAACUGCAAACCCACAGCUGACCUAAACUCUACCUUUACCUGCUCUGAAACAAAGGCAUGCCCUUCGAAACUAGCCUGCGAUCUCAGCACCAAUCAAUGCCGAAACCCAUGCCUCAAUUACCACAACUGUAGGCGAAAUCAGAAAUGUGAGGUCCGAAAUCACAAACCUGUGUGUGUUUGUCGAAAUGGAUUCGCAUUAAAUGAGAAGGGUGAAUUAACCUGCGCUCCGGAACACGCUGAAUGUACGAGAGAUGAACAAUGUCCAUCUAAUGCGGCCUGUCGUAAUUCGAAGUGUGUGAAUCCAUGUUUAGCAUCUAAAGUGCCAAUGUGUCCCAAGGGCAAACAAUGCGAAGUGGUGGAGCACCGCGCCACAUGUUUGUGUGUCGAAGACUGUAACCCGACGGUGUCGAUAUGUUUGAGAGACAAUGGAUGCCCAAACAAUUUGGCCUGCAAAGAUUUCCAAUGCAAAGAUCCUUGUAAAGGGGCGUGUGGUGGUGCACCUUGUUCAGUGGAAGAUCACCAUCCAGUAUGCAAGUUUUGUCCGCAAGGAUUCACACACGAUGACAAACACGGCUGCAUUAAAGCUUUAGAAUGCGGUGCCCACGAGCACUGUGCGCCUGGACUCGCGUGUAUGGAGGGACGAUGCUCAGAUCCAUGCGCGCGUGGCGGACCCUGCACGCCCGGGCAACAUUGCGCUGUCGUCGACCAUCAGCCUGUUUGCUCGAAGGUUUGUCAGUGUCAAACAUCGUCUGACUGUGCGAGAUAUCCGAAUACGUUCUGCGAUGGCUGUGCUUGUGUUGGUGGUAAAGCUACCGCGAACUGUGCACAUUGUCGUCCCGGCGUUCCCUGUGAUCCAUUUUCCGGAGCCUGCAUGGAAAAAUCACCUGGGACAGCUAAGACACCUGAACCCUGUCAUUCUGAUCGUGACUGUAUAGAAACAGAAGCUUGUUUCAUGGGUUUAUGUGAAAACCCUUGUGAGUUUGACAAUGUAUGUGGCAUUGGAGCUAAGUGCCAUCCAAUAAAACAAAGGCCAAUGUGUUCAUGUCCCGCCGGACACGACGGAGAUCCUGCUGUUAAAUGUUCACCCAAAAUAUUUGGUUGCACUCGAAAUGAAGAUUGUCACUUGACUGAGGCUUGUAUAAAUAAUGCAUGUCAACACCCAUGUGCCAUACACAAUCCAUGUGCACCAAAUGCAGUCUGCAUAAAUACGAAUCAUGGGUCAGAUUGUAGUUGCGUCGAGGGAUACCAAGGAAACGGAUACGUUGGAUGUGUACCAGUAAUGGAUUCACAUUCAGUAUGUCAAUAUAAUGAAGACUGUCCACCGGAGUUACUAUGUGAUAGAUUGAACAGAGUAUGUAUCAAUCCGUGUUCUGCGGAUAAAUGUGGAGAUAAUGCUGAAUGCGUCCCUUCAAACCAUGGGAUCGAGUGUAAAUGCUAUGCUGGUUAUACAGGAAAUCCGUUUUUGGAAUGUUAUCAAGUACAAGGCUGCCGAUCCGAUAACGAAUGUGCCAAUUCAGAAGCUUGUAUUAAUGGAAAGUGCGGAUCUCCAUGCCGCUGUGGCUUAAAUGCCGUCUGUGAAGUUCUAAAUCAUCGCGCUUCAUGCAAAUGCCUGUUAGGUUACAACGGGAACCCUCUACUUGGAUGUGAGCCUCCAGCAAACCCAUGUUCUCCAAACCCUUGCGGAACAAAUGCUCUAUGUGAAAGUGAAAAUGGGAAACCCGUCUGCUAUUGUCCGAUAGGAUUGACUGGAAAUCCUUUCCAGAAUUGCAUUCCGGAAGGAAAUGAAUGCGAACCAAAUCCAUGCGGCCCAUUCUCAGAUUGUAGAUUAAUAGACAACAAACCUGCUUGUUUUUGCUUACCGAAUUAUGAAGGAAACCCUCCUAGGCAUCAAUGUAGAUUACCAAAUAACCCCUGUAAUCCAUCACCUUGUGGGCCUAAUACACAAUGUACCGUACUGCCCAAUGGAUUCUCUAAAUGCACCUGUUUGCCUGGGUUCAUCGAAAGUCCCAAUACCAUCAGAGGUUGUAUUGAAGCAAGAAAUCCAUGCGAACCAAACACUUGUGGAAUUGGAGCUAGAUGUGACCCGAAUAGGAAACCGGCAUGCUACUGCCCCGAAAACACACUCGGUAAUCCAUACAAAUCUUGUGUCAUACAAGGUUAUCUACCACCUGAUGGUUUUUGUAAACCAGGGCCUUGUGGGUCAAACGCAGACUGUUAUGUAAGCAGUAACAUGGAAAUGUGUUUCUGUAAAGCGGGUUUCACUGGAAACCCAUAUAGUGGCUGUCAACCGCUUAGAAGUUCUUGCAUUCCUAAUCCAUGUGGACCACAGGCAUUAUGUAACUCGAACUACGAUGGUCAAGCUAUUUGUAGUUGCGCAGAAGGCAGUACAGGGGAUCCCUACGGAGUAGACGGUUGUCAUUCUCGAGAGUGUGAAGUGGACGAUGAGUGUGCUUCCAAUAAAGCAUGCAUCGGUUACACUUGCCGUGAUCCCUGCCCAGGGGCAUGUGGUUUGAAUGCCCGAUGCCACGUGGAGUCCCACCACCCAGUUUGCGUAUGUGAAAUCGGAUUUAUAGGAAAUCCUCUUCUCUGUUGCUUGCCACCAGAAGACUCCAGAAAUGUUGGUCCAUGUAACAAAGUACAAUGUGGUAUCAACGCCAUUUGCCAGGAUGUCGGAGAUAAAGCUUUAUGUUCUUGUCCUUCUGAUUUCUUCGGCGAUCCAACAGUCGAGUGUAAACCAGAAUGUGUCAUGAAUUCCGACUGUCCUUCCAACGCAGCCUGUAUUAAUCAAAAGUGCACAGAUCCAUGCGCUUUUAAUAAUAUUUGUGGAAUUAAUGCAGAAUGCAUCUGCUCCGAUCACACUGUAUCAUGCUUAUGCAGAGAUGGGUACAUUGGAGAUCCUUUGAUACAGUGCAUGCCCAGACCCAUAGUGGUAAUUCCAGACAAUACAACUGCGCAACCUUGUUCACCGAACCCGUGCGAUCCCAAUGCUGCAUGCGAUGCAUAUGGCGAUCUGUUUGCUAUUUGCGAUCCUUGUGUUGGACCAAAUGCAUUAAACAAUCCAGCUUGCAGACCAGAAUGUGUUCUAAGUUCCGAUUGCGGAUUUAACAAAGCUUGUCUAAGAAACCGAUGCGUUGAUCCAUGUCCUGGAUCAUGCGGUAUAAACGCGGAGUGUACAGUCUAUCACCAUGACCCAAUAUGUCAAUGCGUUCGAGGUUUUGGAGGAAAUCCUUAUGAACAUUGCAAACCUACAACUAAACCCAUUACACAUGAAACUUGCGAUAAUGUUCGAUGUGGAAUUAACGCUGUAUGCCAAAACCUAAAUGGAGCACUCACUUGUCAAUGUUUGCCCGAAUUCUUCGGUAACCCAUACAUAUCAUGCCGUCCUCAGUGUGUCGCCAACAGUGACUGCCCUCCCAACUUAGCAUGCUUAAACAAUAAAUGCGAAAACCCCUGCAGAGGUGUAUGUGGAGUUGGAGCGCAAUGUGAUACAAUAAAUCAUCACGCAGUGUGUUACUGCGCUUCAGGCCAAACUGGUGAUCCUUACGUUAGGUGUCAAGUGAUACCUAUAACACCUCCGCUGGUAUCUACUUGCGAUCCAUCACCAUGCGGUCCUUACAGUCGCUGCUUAGUGACACCGUCUAGUUUUGCGGUGUGUUCAUGCUUACCAGGUUUUAGAGGAGUAGCACCAAUGUGUCAGCCCGAAUGUGUUAGCAACUCUGAUUGUCAACAAACUGAAACGUGUGUAAAUCAAAGAUGUUCCAACCCAUGCCACGGUAGUUGCGGAAUCGGUGCUGAUUGCUUAGUCGUAAAUCACAAUCCCAUUUGCAGUUGUGGUCCAGGAAAAACAGGAGACCCAUUUUCCGCAUGUGCUGUAAUCGUUGAAGUCCCUGACCCUAUCGUUAAAAAUCCCUGUACGCCAUCUCCGUGUGGACCUAAUUCAAUUUGUGAAAUUAAAUCAAAUCACCCUGUAUGUUCGUGUCAACCAAACUAUUCGGGAACUCCACCUUACUGCCGACCAGAAUGUGUUAUUAGUCAAGAGUGCCCUGCAAAUAAAGCGUGUAUCAACGAAAAAUGUGUAGAUCCUUGCAUUGGUGCAUGUGGAAAUAAUGCUAAAUGCGAUGUCGUAAAUCAUACACCCUUAUGCAGUUGUUUAGAAGGAUACAGAGGAGAUGCGUUCAUAGGAUGUGUCGGAAUAUCAAAAUACGAUACUCGUACACCUUGCAAUCCAUCGCCGUGUGGAGAAAACACAAUUUGUACAGUCGUUAACAAUGCAGCUCGUUGCUCAUGUAUACCACCAAACAUCGGUAACCCUUACGCCGGAGGCUGUCGACCUGAGUGCACCAUAAAUUCGGAUUGUCCUAACCACCUGGCCUGCUUGUCAAAUCAUUGUCGCGAUCCUUGCAAAGAUUUAUGCGGUGUGAAUGCUGAAUGUACCGUAACAAAUCAUAUCCCCGUGUGCACUUGUUUCAAAGGCUAUGAAGGCAAUCCGUUUUCGUCAUGUCGUCCUGAGUAUAAGCCACCUGUUCCUUAUAACCCAUGUGAACCAUCUCCAUGUGGACCAAACAGUGAAUGUAACAUUGUAAAUGACCGAGCAGCAUGUUCAUGUAAACCUGGUUACAUUGGUGCGCCAACUGCUUGCCGUCCAGAAUGUGCGGUUAGCUCCGAUUGCCCGAUUAACAGGGCGUGCAUAAAUCUUAAGUGUAAAGAUCCCUGUAUAAACAGUUGUGGCCUUGAUGCUCGUUGCCAUGUUAUUGGUCAUAAUCCAAUUUGCACAUGCCCUGACCACAUGCCUGAUGGUGAUCCUUUUAUUCAAUGUCAGAAAAACGUGAUAAGUAAUAGACAUCCAGAUCCAUGUCUUCCUUCACCUUGUGGACCACAUUCGACUUGUCGCACCGACAGUAGUCGCGCUGUUUGUGCGUGUGAGGCAGGCAUGUUAGGCGCACCGCCCGCUUGUCGACCUCAGUGUGUUAUCAACCAAGACUGUCCAUUAGCACUUGCCUGUCUUGCCGGUACCUGCGUCAAUCCCUGCGUUGGAUCGUGUGGGUUCAACACUCGCUGCAGCGUGCAAAAUCAUCAACCUAUUUGCACCUGUGAUGUCGGCUAUUCAGGCGAUCCUUUCGCUGGUUGCAGUCGUUUUGAAGUUCCAAAAGACGAGCCACGACAUCCUUGUAAUCCUUCGCCUUGUGGAGCUAAUGCUAUCUGUCGGGAAAGAAAUGGUGCUGGUUCGUGCACUUGUGUAAAUGAUUUUCACGGGGAUCCAUACUUAGGCUGUCGUCCAGAGUGUGUUAUGAACAAUGAUUGUGACACAGACCGAUCAUGUUUCAAUAAUAAAUGUGUGGACCCAUGUCCUGGCACAUGUGGACAGAAUGCGGAAUGUAGAGUUGCAAACUACGCCCCUUCAUGUUACUGCUUACCUGGAUAUACUGGAAAUCCUCUGCAUGCAUGUACACCUGUUCUAUCUAUUCCGGUACCUGUCGACCCUUGCCACCCUUCACCUUGUGGACCCUAUAGUAUUUGCCGUACUUUUAACGGACACGCAGUUUGUACUUGUCUUGAAAUGUGCAUUGGUUCGCCACCAAAUUGUCGACCUGAAUGUAUCGUUAGUUCCGAUUGCCGACCCGAUAAAGCAUGUAUUAAUCAAAAGUGUAAAGAUCCAUGCCCUGGAAUGUGUGGUCUUAAUGCGCAAUGUCAAAUCGUAAACCACAAUCCUAUAUGCAGCUGUCUGAGUGGCUUUACUGGGGAUCCUUUUGUAAGAUGUUUCAUUGAAGAAAGACCAAUGAUACCAAUCAAUCCUUGCAUUCCAAAUCCUUGUGGUCCACAUUCUCAAUGCAAAGAAAUUAACGGAGUACCUGUCUGUUCGUGUCUGGGUAAUUAUGUGGGUCGACCACCAAAUUGUAGACCAGAAUGUAUGAUAGAUGUGGAAUGUCCUGGAAACUUGGCAUGUAUAUCCGAAAGAUGUAGUGACCCAUGUCCCGGUUCAUGUGGUCUUCAUGCUACUUGCACGGUAGUGAAACAUGUACCAAUUUGUACUUGCGACCAAGGAUUUACAGGAGAUCCAUUUUCGGGAUGCUCAGUUAUGCUACCAAUUGAACCUCAAAUUGAAAGUCCAUGUUCCCGAUCACCUUGUGGUGCUAACGCAGUAUGUAAAGAAAGACAUGGUGUUGGAUCAUGUUCGUGUCUACCAGAUUAUUAUGGCGAUCCAUACAUUGAAUGCAGACCUGAGUGUGUGCUCAACUCAGACUGCCCCAAAGACAGGGCUUGUAUCAAUAACAAAUGCAAAGAUCCAUGUCCAGGAGUUUGUGGCAUGAACGCUGAAUGUCGAGUUAAUAACCAUGCACCGGCUUGCGCGUGCUUGCAGGGUUAUGAAGGAAAUCCAUUUACUUCAUGUUACUUAAGUGUCCAAGACCCAGUGAAUCCAUGUAUACCAUCUCCUUGCGGUCCUUACAGUAUAUGUCGUGAAACUAAUGGACAUGCUAUAUGUUCGUGUCAAGAACAAUAUUUCGGUUCACCGCCUUCCUGUCGACCUGAAUGUAUGGUUAGCAGCGAAUGUAUGCCAAACAGAGCAUGUAUUAAUCAAAGAUGUGUUGACCCAUGUAUUGGUGCAUGUGGAAAUAAUGCUAAAUGCACCGUUGUCAACCAUAAUGCAUUAUGUAGCUGUCCUCAGAAUUAUGUUGGUGAUCCAUUUGUGCGUUGCGCGUAUGAAGAAAGGCCAAAACCAAAACCAUCUGGAAAUCCUUGUAUUCCUUCACCGUGCGGUCCAAACUCUCAAUGCAGAAUUGUAGGAGAAACGCCAGCAUGUUCUUGUUUGCCUGGGUAUAUUGGACGUGCGCCAAAUUGUCGCCCCGAAUGUAUAUAUGACGAGGAGUGUCCAAAUAACCUUGCGUGCAUUCGAGAAAAGUGCGUCAAUCCUUGUGAAGGCUCUUGUGGGUCAAACGCUGAGUGUACAGUUAUCAAUCACAAAGCGGUUUGUCACUGCCGCGAAAGUUAUACUGGCGAUCCGUUUAGUGGUUGUUAUUUUAUUGUGACAGUGCCAAGUGAGGAUGAAACAAAUCCUUGUAAUCCGUCUCCUUGUGGACCAAACGCUAUCUGUUCUGAAAGGAAUUAUGCCGGAGCAUGUACUUGUCAACCAGGAUAUUUCGGCGAUCCUUACCUCGGAUGUCGUCCUGAAUGCGUUACAAACAAUGAUUGUCCAAUUGAUAGAGCUUGUUCCAAUAAUAAAUGCGUUGAUCCUUGUCAAGGAGCAUGCGGAAUUAAUGCAGUAUGUACGGUGGUACAUCACAAUCCUGUGUGCUUAUGUCUUGACGGAUACGAAGGAAACCCCGUAGUAUCAUGCCACCCACAAAGGAAACCUCCUCUAGCUGAUAUCAAUCCAUGUAUACCAUCACCUUGCGGACCGUAUAGCAUUUGCAAGGAAAUCAAUGGACAUGGAGUAUGUUCUUGCCAAGAAGGUUAUAGCGGUUCGCCACCCAUGUGUCGGCCAGAAUGUGUGACUAGCACUGAUUGUCCUCAACAUCAAGCUUGUAUACAACAGAAGUGUAAAGAUCCUUGUCCAGGAACAUGUGGCAUAAAUGCUCGAUGCCAUGUAAUAAAUCAUAACCCGAUUUGUACAUGUAGACCAGGAUUUACAGGCGAUCCAUUUGUGACUUGCCAGUUAGAACAAAAACCUAUCUUUGAGGGGCCUAAAGGAAAUCCAUGCAUUCCAUCACCGUGUGGUCCAUAUUCGCAAUGUAAAGUAGUUGGAGAAGCGCCUGCAUGUUCAUGCUUACCGAACUAUAUCGGUCUUGCACCGAAUUGUAGACCUGAAUGUUCUAUCAACGCUGAAUGUCCCGGUAAUCUUGCAUGCCAGAAUGAAAAAUGUGUAAACCCAUGUCCGGGUUCUUGUGGUUUGAAUGCAGAAUGUUCAGUAGCCAAUCAUGUUGCAUUGUGCAAUUGCGUACCAGGAUUUUCAGGCGAUCCAUUUAGCGGAUGUUCGAGGGUUGAAUAUGCCACGGAACCACCUCCAAACCCUUGCAAUCCGUCACCAUGUGGAGCAAAUGCUCUUUGCAAGGAACGAAAUGGGGUUGGUUCUUGUUCAUGUCUACCAGAAUACUUUGGAGAUCCAUACACGGGAUGCAGGCCAGAAUGUGUUUCUAAUUCUGAUUGCGAUCGAAAUAAGGCUUGCUCGAACAACAGAUGCAAGGACCCUUGUCCGGGAACAUGUGGCAUUAAUGCCGAAUGUAGGACUAUUAAUCACUCUCCAACUUGCACUUGUCUUCCUGGAUAUUCUGGAAACCCUUUGGUUAGAUGUGAAGUUGAAAUAAUUCCAGACAGAUCGGAAUCUCUAAACCCAUGCAAACCCUCACCUUGUGGCCCUAACAGCCUAUGCCGAGCGGUGAACGGUCAUAGUGUGUGUACUUGUGAAAAUGGCUACAUUGGUACCCCACCGUCGUGUCGACCAGAAUGUAUUGUCAGUUCAGAAUGUCCUCAAAACAAAGCUUGCGUUAACAAGAAAUGUAUAGAUCCUUGUCCUAACACUUGCGGUCUUAACGCUCGGUGCCAGGUCGUCACACACAAUCCUAUAUGCAGCUGUACACCAGGAUUCACUGGCGAUCCGUUUACCAGAUGCAAUCCAGAGGAAUCUUUUGUUCCUACUGAUCCAUGUAUACCCUCACCUUGUGGACCUAAUUCAGAAUGUAGAGUGAUUGGAGAUCAAGCUGCAUGUUCUUGCUUACCGAACUACAUCGGUAGAGUACCUAAUUGUAGACCGGAAUGUACUAUCGAUGCUGAAUGUCCUAGCAACACAGCUUGUGUAAACGAGAGAUGCAAAGAUCCAUGCCUAGGUGCAUGUGGCGUUAACGCAUUAUGUCUGACUGUCAAUCAUAGGCCAAUAUGUAGUUGUCAACAAGGUUUUACUGGAGACGCAUCCAGAAGUUGUAUACAAAUAAUUAUGUCAUCUACUGAAGUAACACCAACAUCAAGCCCAUGCAGUCCGUCACCUUGUGGACCAAACGCUGAAUGUAGAGAAUACAACGGUGCCGGAGCUUGCGCAUGCUCAGAGGGAUAUGAAGGUGAUCCUUAUAGUCCACAAGGAUGUCGGCGGGAAUGUGAAAGCAAUGACGACUGUGCCCCAGUCUUGGCUUGCACUCGAUUCAAAUGUAUCGAUCCCUGCCCUAGGACAUGUGGAAAAAUGGCUCAAUGUACUGUCGAAAAUCACGUCCCGGUAUGCACAUGUCCGAGAGGUUACACUGGUGAUCCUUUCUUCCAAUGCAAAGAAAUAUUUAUGUCACCUGCUCCUCCGCAAAAUCCAUGUGAGCCCACUCCUUGUGGACCUAAUAGUCAGUGUAGACAAGUUAACAUGCAAGCAGUAUGCUCUUGUCUCCCUAACUAUGUUGGUUCGCCACCGUCAUGCAGACCUCAAUGUGUGGUUAAUAGUGAAUGCGACACUUCCAAGGCUUGUAUAAAUCAACGUUGCGAUGAUCCUUGCCCGAACACUUGUGGAUUGAGAGCACAUUGUUUAGUGAAAAAUCAUAAUCCUAUCUGUACUUGCCCAACCGGUAUGACUGGAGAUCCAUUCUCGCAAUGUUAUCCCAUACAACCGACAACUGAGCGACCACCGUCUUGUACGCCAUCACCGUGCGGGCCACAUUCUCGCUGCCAAUUACUUGCAAGUGGACCGGCAUGCUCAUGUUUGCCUGGUUACGUAGGCUCUCCACCUUCUUGUCGUCCAGAAUGUACCAUCAAUUCUGAAUGUCCAGCUUCCUUGGCAUGUGUGAGGCAAAAAUGCGAUGACCCAUGUCCAGGUUCAUGUGGUAUUGAUGCUAAUUGCCAUGUGUUAAAUCAUGUUGCCGUUUGUGUCUGUAACGAAGGUUUUACAGGAGAUCCAUUUUCAAGAUGCGUUCAAAUAUUGGAAGAACCUCCAACACCCGAACCUACAGACCCGUGUAAUCCGAACCCUUGUGGACCUAACGCACAAUGUGACAACGGUUUUUGCACGUGUCUACCAGAAUAUAGCGGAAACCCGUACGAAUCAUGUCGUCCAGAGUGUACUGGUAGUCAAGAAUGUCCGAGAGAUAAGGCGUGUUUUAGGAAUAAAUGCAGGGACCCUUGUCCAGGUGUUUGUGGACAAAGUGCUAAAUGUGAUGUCAUAAAUCAUAUACCAACAUGUUCUUGUAUCACGGAUUAUACUGGCAACCCAUUUACUCAGUGCCACCCAAUAGAAAAACCAAAACUACCGCCCAGUGACCCUUGCCAUCCGUCUCCAUGUGGUCCUAAUAGUGUUUGCAGAACAACUGAUGGCACAGCAGUAUGUGCAUGCAUUGAAGGUUUCCAAGGCUCUCCACCAGCUUGCAGACCUGAAUGCGUAGUUAGCUCUGAAUGUCCAUCGACCAAAGCAUGUGUAAAUCAAAAAUGUAUCAAUCCUUGCAUAAAUGCAUGUGGUGUAUCUGCUCGUUGCGAAGUUAUUAAUCAUAGCCCAAUCUGUAGCUGCAAUGCGGGACAAACAGGAGAUCCAUUUAAAAGUUGUUACGACGUCAUAGAGACUCCUCCAGAACCAGUCGAUGCUUGCAAUCCUACACCAUGUGGACCAAAUUCUUUAUGUAUAGAAAGAAACGGAAAAGCUAAUUGCAGAUGCGCUGACAAUUACUUAGGUCAGCCACCUAACUGCAGACCAGAAUGUGUCAUCAACCCGGAUUGCCCGUCAAACCAAGCUUGCGUACGAAACAAAUGUAUUGAUCCUUGCCCUGGAUCCUGCGGCAUUAAUGCAGAAUGCAUUGUUGUGAGUCACACAGUAUCCUGCACUUGUAGAGAAAAAUUCACAGGAGAUCCAUUUACGCAAUGUACGCCACAGCAAGACAAUGAAUUACCUCGAUCGCCGUGUGAUCCAUCACCAUGUGGAGCUAAUGCUAUUUGUAAUCAACGCGACGGAGCGGGCUCCUGUUCUUGUAUAGAAGGAUAUCAAGGCAAUCCUUAUGAAGGUUGUCGUCCAGAAUGCGUACUUAGCUCUGACUGCUCUGCUGAUAAGGCUUGUAUCAGGAACAAAUGCGCAGAUCCAUGCCCAGGUAUUUGUGGGACAAAUGCGGAGUGCACCGUUAUUAAUCAUGUUCCCAGUUGUGCUUGUAUUAAAGGCUAUUCAGGCAACCCGUUUGCACAAUGUGUCAGAGAAGAACCACCUAAAGAGAUUAGACCAUGCCAACCAUCACCAUGUGGAUCUAAUAGUAUAUGCAGGGAAAAUGGUGGGCUAGCAUCGUGUGAAUGCCUUCCUGAUUACAUCGGUGCUCCACCAGAUUGUCGACCAGAGUGCACUGUAAGCAACGAAUGUCCAUCUGAUCGCGCUUGUCAUAGAUUAAAAUGCACCGAUCCAUGCAAAGGAACUUGUGGAAUAGGAGCUCAUUGUCAAGUAAUAAAUCAUAGUCCCAUCUGUAGCUGUCCAGCCGGUACAAGUGGCGAUCCAUUCACAAGAUGUCUUGAAAUUCAAAAGUCUGAAUACGAACCCGAUAGACCCAUUCAUCCAUGCCAGCCUAACCCCUGUGGUCCCUACAGUGAAUGUCGGCCAAUAAAUGGACAACCAUCCUGCUCUUGUCUCCAAAGUUAUAAAGGGGCGCCGCCAAAUUGCCACCCAGAAUGUCUCGUUAACACAGACUGCCCAUCACACCAAGCUUGUAUUGCAGAAAGAUGUAUAAAUCCCUGUGAUGGAUCUUGUGGAUUUAGAGCAGAAUGUCGAGUUCAUGAUCACAUACCUAUCUGUAGCUGCCCUAACGGACUAUCUGGCGAUCCAUUUAUACAAUGUUUAGAGGUCGUCGUGACUCCAACACCUUCACCCGAUCCUUGUAAUCCAUCGCCGUGCGGUAGCAACGCUCUGUGUAACGCAGGAGCUUGUUCGUGCCCCCCAGGAUAUUUCGGUGACCCAUACCUGAAUUGUCGUCUAGAAUGCAGUACUAAUGGCGAAUGUUCACCUACACGAGCUUGUCAGGGAGGAAAAUGUAUCGAUCCUUGUCCCGGUGCGUGCGGUACCGGUGCCACGUGCUCCGUUAACAAUCAUAUUCCAUCGUGUACUUGUCCUUCUGGAACAUCUGGAGAUCCAUUUUCAUACUGCACACAAAUUAUAAAAGACAAAAAUCCAACAUCGCCUUGUUCGCCGUCUCCAUGCGGUCCUUACAGCGAAUGUACAGUAAGUGCCAACGGUGCCGCUGCUUGCUCGUGUCGACCAGGCCAUAUUGGAUCUCCACCAUCAUGUCGUCCAGAAUGUCUCGUUAGUUCCGAGUGUAAAUUACAACUGGCUUGCAUAGAGCGCCGAUGCCGUGACCCUUGUGAAGGAGCUUGUGGCAGAGAUGCGCGUUGCCAAGUAAUAGCACACUCGCCCAUAUGUACUUGCAAUGAUGGUUACACGGGAGAUCCUUUCACGUACUGUUAUCCGAAGCCAGAACUACCACCAACUCCAGUUAAUCCUUGUGAGCCGUCACCUUGUGGACCUAAUUCGAUAUGUGUGCAAUCAGGAGAGACACCAGCAUGUAGUUGCCAACCUAGUUUUAUAGGAGCCCCUCCAAAUUGUCGACCCGAAUGUACUAUCAGUGCUGAAUGUCCAGCUGUGCUUGCUUGCGUCGCAUUGCGUUGCAAGGACCCAUGCGUGCAGGCAUGUGGUCCACGAGCCGUGUGCUCGGUGGUUGAUCACCGCGCUACAUGCGCUUGUGAGCGUGGCUUAGAAGGCGACCCAUUCCAGGGUUGUGCUCCACCAAAAGCUUCACCAAUGAUAGAGUACUUGAACCCUUGUGAACCUUCACCUUGUGGAGCAAAUGCUGAAUGUAGAGUGCAAGGAAAUGCUGGAUCGUGUAUUUGUUUACCUGAUUAUUUUGGCGAUCCAUACCAAGGAUGCCGGCCAGAAUGUUUAGCUGAUUCGGACUGCUCGUUGUCAUUAGCCUGCAACAGAAACAAAUGUAAAGAUCCUUGUCCAGGUGUCUGUGGAUAUAAUGCAGACUGUUACGUUACAAAUCAUAAACCUGUGUGUAACUGUAAGGCAGGUUUUACUGGAAAUCCGCUGUCCAUGUGCUCCAUUGUACGUGAUUAUGAUGUUGCAAUAAUUAAUGUAUGUAAUCCUUCUCCUUGUGGUGCCAAUGCGAUUUGCAAAGAAAUUAAUAGUCAACCAGUAUGCUCUUGUAUGUCUAAUUACAUGGGUGCACCGCCUAACUGCAAGCCGGAAUGUAUGAUCAAUUCUGAAUGCAAACCAAAUAGAGCUUGUAUCAAUCAACGAUGUAUCAAUCCAUGCCCCAAGCCAUGUGGUCAAAAUACCGAAUGUAAAGUUAUUAAUCACAGUCCAGUAUGUUCUUGUAAACAGGGGUACUCAGGAAAUCCAUUCACCGUAUGUUCGUUGAUGCUACAAACGUCUCCUAGUGUAGUGGCACCUUCGGAACCUUGCAUGCCGUCACCUUGUGGUCAAUACGCAGAAUGUAGGAAUAACAAUGGUUUGGCAUCGUGCUCGUGUUUGCCGUCUUAUGUCGGUUCACCUCCCUAUUGCAAACCAGAAUGUGUGAUCCAUUCAGACUGUCCGAGUGAUCGAGCAUGCGUCGCAGAAAAAUGCAGAGAUCCAUGCGAAGGUUCUUGUGGACUAUUCGCAAAAUGUUUCGUUAACAAUCACAUACCGGUCUGCUUAUGUCCGGAAGGAUUUACUGGCGACCCCUUUAGGCAGUGCAUAAAGCGACCUAUUGAAGAUACAACGCCACCUAUUCCAAUUGACCCAUGCCAACCUAGCCCUUGUGGCCCGAACACAGUGUGUAACAAUGGCUAUUGCUCUUGUGAAGAGGGUUAUCAUGGUGACCCAAAUCUAGGCUGUCGACCUGAAUGCAUUUAUAAUACAGACUGUCCAUUAGACAAGGGCUGUCAACGUAAUAAAUGUAUAAAUCCUUGCAUUAAUACAUGCGGUGUAAAUGCAAUCUGUGACGUUAUCAACCACAUACCUAUGUGCACGUGUCCAAAAAGCAUGAGUGGAAAUGCAUUUAUAGAAUGUCGACCUGCAUUAGCUGUUGUUACAAAUCCUUGCAACCCUUCACCAUGUGGACCUAACAGCCAAUGUCGAGAGUCAAAUGGCCAGGCCAUAUGUUCUUGUGUACCAGGUUAUCGUGGUAGUCCACCAACGUGUAGACCGGAAUGCAUAGUGAGCCUCGAGUGUCCUUUAAAAGAAGCUUGUAACAAUCAAAAAUGUGUCAAUCCUUGCGUAGGUGCAUGUGGUAAUGCAGCUGUGUGUGACGUCAUAAAUCACAAUCCCAUAUGUACUUGUCCCCCGUCGUUUACCGGGGAUCCAUUUGUAAGAUGUACUAUUGUAGUGUCUGUAGAACCACAAGUCACCAGUUGUGAACCAAGCCCUUGUGGACCGAACUCUAUUUGCAAGAUUAAUGGCAAUAGUCCGUUAUGUGCUUGUAUGCCGGGCUACAAGGGAUCACCGCCUAAUUGCCGACCGGAAUGUAUAAGCAAUAGCGAAUGCGAUUACAACCUAGCCUGUCGGAACAGAAAGUGUUCGGACCCAUGUGUGGGAACUUGUGGGUCUAAUGCAGAAUGUCGAGUUGUUAGUCAUGCUCCUAUGUGCAUAUGUCAAGUUGGUUAUACUGGAGAUCCAUUUUCAUACUGCAGUCCUCAAGCUAUUAUGGAACCUAAUGAAGUUUUAACACCGUGCAGCCCAAGUCCUUGUGGAUCAAACGCCAUUUGCAGAGAACAAAAGAGUGUUGGCUCUUGUCAAUGUUUAGAAGGUUAUUCUGGCAAUCCUUAUGAAGGUUGUCGACCAGAAUGUGUUGUCAACUCAGACUGUGCUCUGAAUAGAGCCUGCUCUAGAAUGAAGUGUAUUGACCCUUGUCCAGGAACCUGCGGAUCUAAUGCGUUGUGUCAAGUAAAUAACCACAUGCCGACUUGCUUGUGCCAGAACGGUUAUACAGGCAAUCCAUUUAGUUACUGCACUAUAAUGCAAGAACCUGUGAUUAUGGAAGUAAAUCCCUGCACCCCAUCGCCAUGUGGCGCAAACAGUCAGUGUAAAGAAGUAAACGAACAAGCAGUAUGCUCGUGCUUACCAAGUUUCGUCGGUUCACCGCCCAGCUGUCGACCUGAAUGUGUUGUAAGCUCUGAAUGCCCUUCUAACUUAGCAUGUGUGAACCAAAAGUGCGCAGACUCUUGCAUUGGUACUUGUGGGGAAAAUGCGAACUGUAAUGUGAUUAAUCACAGUCCAAUAUGUGUCUGUAAGCAAGGUUUAACUGGAAAUCCAUUUACAAGAUGUUAUCCAAUGAUGGUAUCGCAACCACCAGAUAAUUCAUUACCCUCUGAUCCCUGUUCACUGUCUCCUUGUGGUGUAUACGCCGACUGUCGCAAUAUAGGAAACUCACCGUCUUGUGCCUGCAGACCAGGUUAUAUUGGAACUCCACCAAAUUGCAGGCCUGAAUGUACUAUAAAUGCAGAAUGUCCCAGUAACCAAGCUUGUAUAAAUGAAAAAUGUCGAGACCCAUGUCCAGGUGCCUGUGGUGUAAAUGCUCAAUGUACGGUGUUUAACCAUGUAGCUCAAUGUGGAUGCCUUGAGCGAUAUACUGGAGAUCCUUUUACAAGAUGUAGUCUAAUGAAAGAAGACGAUGUCUAUGAACCGGAUCCGUGUAAUCCUUCACCCUGUGGUGCUAAUGCCGACUGUGAUAAUGGAAUUUGUAAAUGCUUGCCAGAAUACCAAGGUGACCCUUACUUUGGUUGCAGACCUGAAUGCUUAAUGAGCUCAGAUUGCCCACAAAACAAAGCUUGCGUUAGAAACAAAUGUGUGGAUCCUUGUGUUAGUUCAUGCGGAAGAGAAGCUAUAUGUAAUGUAUUUAACCACAUACCAAUGUGCACUUGUCGACAAGGCUAUACUGGAAACGCUUUCCUGGAAUGCAGACCAAUACCAAUAAACGAAAAUAUAAAUCCUUGCAAUCCUUCGCCAUGCGGACCUAACAGUCAGUGCCGAGAAACUAACGGUCAAGCAAUCUGUACCUGUUUAUCUGGCUAUAUCGGAGCGCCGCCUACAUGCAGACCGGAAUGUGUUCAAAGCGCAGAGUGCGCUCUAAAUCGAGCGUGUUCUAAUCAACGUUGCAUAGAUCCUUGCAAAGGAAAUUGUGGUACAGCAGCCCAAUGCCAAGUUAUAAAUCACAAUCCAAUUUGUUCAUGUCCAUCUGGCUUUACUGGCGAUCCUUUCAGUAGAUGCGUCAUAGAAGAUAUAGAACCACCGCCUUAUGUAAAUCCUUGCACACCUUCACCAUGUGGGCCUAACUCCCUAUGUAAAGAAAUCGGCAGCCAACCAUCGUGUGCUUGUUUAGACACAUACAUAGGAAGCCCCCCAAACUGUCGUCCGGAAUGUAUAGCUAAUUCAGAAUGUCCUAAUCAUUUAGCGUGCGUAAAUAGUAAAUGCAAAGAUCCGUGCAUUGGGAUGUGUGGCGCUAGUGCUGAAUGUAGGGUAGUUAGCCAUUCUCCGCAAUGUUUGUGCCAACCUGGUUAUACUGGAGAUGCAUUUAUUGGGUGUAGAAUAAUGGACGUACCUCUUACGCCUUGUUCUCCAUCACCUUGUGGUACUAAUGCUUUAUGUAGAGAACAAAACGGGGCAGGCUCGUGUGUCUGCUUACAAGACUAUAUCGGCAACCCAUACGAAGGCUGCCGCCCCGAGUGUACAGUGAACUCAGAUUGUGCAGUAAACUUAGCGUGCAUACAAAAUAAAUGUCAAAAUCCUUGCACAAAUAUUUGUGGACAGAACGCCAUUUGCAAUGUUAUAAAUCAUACACCCAAAUGUGAAUGUUUACCAGGACUAACAGGAAGCCCAUACCAAAACUGUUAUGAGCCUCAAUUAGAUGUACCUGUAGUACAUAGAGAUCCCUGUGUUCCUUCGCCAUGUGGACCAAAUAGCAUUUGCAAAGUUUCAAACGGACAAGCAGUUUGUACAUGUCAGUCAGAAUUUAUUGGAACGCCGCCGUCAUGUAGACCUGAGUGCAUCGUAAGCUCUGAGUGCAGUCAACAACAAGCAUGCAUUCGUUCGAAAUGUAGAAACCCUUGUGAAGGUGUAUGCGGGCAAAACGCAGAAUGCAAAGUUAUAAAUCACAGUCCUAUCUGCACGUGCAAACAGAGCUAUAGUGGUGAUCCAUUUAGCAGAUGUUACAACAUACCGGUGGCCGAUGUAGUAGCUGUACCAACGAAUCCAUGUCUGCCCUCUCCAUGUGGGCCGUUUUCACAAUGCCGCGACUUGAAUGGUUCACCGUCAUGUUCAUGUUUGCCGCAAUACACCGGAAGUCCUCCAAAUUGUCGUCCUGAAUGUACCAUUAAUUCUGACUGCUCGUCGGACAAGGCUUGCAUUAACGAAAGAUGUACCGAUCCUUGCCCGGGUUCGUGCGGCAUAAAUGCAGAAUGUAGAGUGCAGACUCACGUAGCUAUUUGUACAUGCAUAACAGGCUAUAAAGGAGAUCCUUUUACAAGUUGCUCUAUUAUUCCUGACAUAGAACCACAAGCCACAGAUCCUUGCAAUCCAUCCCCAUGUGGUCCAAAUGCAAACUGUAACAACGGUGUUUGCACUUGUUUGCCCGAGUACCACGGUGAUCCAUACUUUGGUUGUCGUCCCGAAUGCUCACUUAGUUCUGAUUGUCCUCUUGAUAAGGCAUGUGUUAGGAACCGAUGCGUAAAUCCUUGCAUUAACUCAUGUGGCACAAAUGCGAACUGUGAAGUUGUAACACACAUGGCUGUUUGUACAUGUCCUCCAAGAACUACUGGCAACGCAUUUGUACAAUGUAGUCCCGUUAAAGAUGUCGUUUCAACAACUCCAUGCCAGCCGAAUCCUUGUGGAUCAAAUAGUCAGUGCAAAGAUUUCAACGGCCAAGCCGUAUGUUCGUGUCUUCUUGGAUAUCGAGGCGCACCACCAUCAUGUCGACCUGAAUGUGUAUUAAGUUCCGAUUGUUCUCUCGACAAAGCAUGCAAUAAUCAAAAAUGUGUAAACCCAUGCCAAGGAACCUGCGGUGUACAAGCUAGAUGUCAAGUGAUCAAUCACAAUCCAAUAUGCAUGUGUCCCUCGGGUUACACGGGCGAUCCUUUCACAAGAUGCGCUCCAAUCCCGGCUGCUACGCCACCAGUACCGGUACAUCCAUGUCAACCGUCUCCAUGUGGCCCCAAUUCCAUUUGUCAACCAACAGAUGGAGAAAUCCCGUCAUGUCAAUGCAUGACUGAAUUCAUUGGAUCACCGCCAAAUUGCCGACCUGAGUGCGUAGCUAACAGUGAAUGCGCCCCACAAAUGGCUUGUAUAAAUAGGAAAUGUCAAAACCCUUGUCUUCAAACAUGUGGUUUAAAUGCAGAAUGUAGAGUCGUUAGUCACACACCAACAUGCUUAUGCCCAGAAGGCUACACAGGAGAUGCUUCCGUUCAAUGUACUCAAAUUUCAAUAUUUUCUGAGCCAACGUCCCCUUGUACCCCAUCACCUUGCGGAGCAAACGCUGAGUGCAGAGAACAAUCAGGAGCAGGUGCCUGCAUAUGUAUAAAAGGUUAUUUUGGAAACCCUUAUGAAAGCUGCCAUCCAGAGUGUCUAGUAAACUCAGAUUGUCCAAGCAACAAAGCUUGCACAAGAAACAAGUGCAUCGAUCCUUGCCCAGGCACUUGUGCAGCCAACGCUGAUUGUCAAGUAGUUUAUCAUUCUCCACAAUGCACUUGCCAACAAGGAUAUACGGGUGAUCCUUUCACACAGUGUACAAUAGCACCACAAACCGACGUAGUUACAAAUCCAUGUCAGCCAUCACCUUGUGGCUCCAACAGCCAAUGUCGAAUUACCAACGGGCAGAGUGUUUGUUCCUGUUUACCAGAGUACCAAGGUUCACCACCGAAUUGCAGACCUGAAUGUGUUGUAAGCGCAGAAUGCCCGGCUGAUAAAUCUUGUAAAAACCAAAAAUGUGUGUCACCGUGCCCUGGUCCUUGUGGUCAAAAUGCAGAUUGUCGAGUAAUCAACCACAGUCCCAUAUGUACUUGUCUAAACCGGUACACCGGAGAUCCUUUCUCUAGGUGCUAUGUUCUUGCAGUGCCAUCAUUACCGCCAUCAGUUACCGACCCAUGUGUGCCGUCACCUUGUGGUCCAAGCGCAAUAUGUAGAAACAUUCAAGAUCUCCCAUCAUGCUCAUGUCUACCAGAGUUCGAAGGCAGUCCGCCGAAUUGUAGACCUGAGUGUACCAUUAAUGAAGAUUGCUCUAGUAAUUUAGCAUGUAUCAAUAAAAAAUGUAGGGAUCCUUGUCCUGGUUCCUGUGGAAUUAACGCUAAUUGUCAAGUAUUUAAACAUGUGGCUAUAUGUUCUUGUAUCGAAGGAUUCACAGGUAAUGCGUUUACACAAUGCAGCCUUCUUCCUCCUAAAGUCGAAGACGAUCCUUGCAAUCCUUCACCAUGUGGAUCGAAUGCUCAAUGUUUCAAAGGACAAUGUACAUGUUUGCCUGAAUUCCAAGGAGAUCCGUAUUCUGGCUGUCGUCCAGAAUGUGUCAUGAGUUCGGACUGUGAUCGCACGAAAGCAUGUAUCGGUAACAAAUGCAAAGACCCGUGUCCUGGAGUUUGUGCGUCUACAGCUAUUUGCAGUGUUGUGAAUCAUAUACCGAUGUGUAGUUGUCCUGAGCGGAUGACUGGUAACGCAUUUAUUGAAUGCCACCCCGUUUUAGAAGCCGUUACUACAAAUCCAUGCCAGCCAUCUCCUUGCGGUCCUAACAGCCAGUGUAGAGAAGUUAAUGGACAGGCAGUUUGCUCAUGUGCUCCGAAUUAUAUGGGCUCUCCACCAUCCUGUCGUCCUGAGUGCACUAUAAGUGCAGAAUGUCCAUUGAGUCAAGCUUGUAGCAACCAACGAUGUGUUAACCCGUGCAUAGGUUCAUGUGGUGUAAACGCGGAAUGCAAAGUAGUUAACCAUAAUCCUAUUUGUACUUGUCCAGUAUUUUAUUCUGGCGACCCAUUCUCAAGAUGCUUCAGGCUUCCUGACAAGUUGCCAACACCCGUGAACCCAUGCAUACCAUCACCAUGUGGACCGAACUCUAUAUGCCGUGAAGUAAAUGAAGUACCAACCUGCACUUGUCAAGAUGGCUACCAUGGCCAACCACCUUACUGCAGGCCUGAAUGUACCAGCAAUGAAGAGUGUUCCAUACAUUUGUCCUGUAUCAACACGAAAUGCAAAAAUCCUUGUGAAGGUUCCUGUGGAGCAAAUGCAGAAUGCAAAGUCGUUAGCCAUUCUCCUAUUUGUUCAUGUUCAUACGGCUAUACUGGCGAUCCAUUCACUGGAUGCAUACAAACACCUUUUCACAUAGAGCCACCAUCCAACCCUUGUUCGCCAUCUCCUUGUGGUGCGAAUGCAGUGUGCAGAGAGAAGAAUAAUGCUGGAUCCUGCAGCUGUCUAGAUACCUACAUUGGAAACCCGUACGAAGGUUGCAGACCAGAAUGUGUUGUGAACACAGAUUGUCCGUCAAAUAGAGCUUGUGUUAAUAAUAAAUGCGCUGAUCCCUGUCCUGGCACCUGUGGAUCUAAUGCAGAAUGUCAAGUAGUUAGUCACGUACCAUUGUGCACAUGCAUAACGGGUUAUACCGGUGAUCCAUUCAGAUAUUGUGUAUAUCAAGAAUCACCACCAGCUGCUCCCAGUGACGCAUGUUAUCCAUCACCAUGUGGGCCAAAUAGUCAAUGUAGGGCACUUAACGGUCAAGCGGUGUGCUCUUGUUUAGCUGAAUAUGUAGGAUCCCCGCCCAACUGCCGACCAGAAUGUGUAGUAAGCUCAGAGUGUCCGCAUGAUUUGGCAUGUCUUAACAACAAAUGCCAAAAUCCGUGCCCUAAGCCAUGUGGUAUUAACGCUCUUUGCAAAGUCAUUAACCACAAUCCUAUUUGCUCCUGUCAAUCAUCAUUUACUGGAGAUCCUUUCACCGUAUGCAGUCGUAUUCAAUAUGAACCACAACCUGAAGUAAUGAAUCCGUGCUUGCCUUCACCAUGUGGGCCCAAUGCCGAAUGUCGAGACAUUGGCAACAGCCCGUCUUGCUCAUGUCUUCUUAAUUACAUAGGAAACCCACCUAAUUGCCGACCAGAAUGCACUAUCCACUCUGACUGUGCAAGCAAUAAAGCCUGUAUGAAUUACAAAUGCCAAGAUCCUUGUCCAGGUUCCUGUGGUUUGUAUGCCACUUGCUCUGUUUUGAAUCAUAUACCAAUUUGUACAUGUAUUGAAGGAUAUGUCGGUGACCCAUUCACUAGCUGCAGACCAAAACCUUUAGAAGUGGAACCAGUGUUGAUGGAUGAAUGUACAAACGUGCGAUGUGGUCCAAAUGCAGAAUGUAUCAAUGGCCAGUGUCAAUGUUUGCCAGAGUACCACGGUGAUCCUUAUUUCAAUUGCCGCCCCGAAUGUGUGCUCAGUACUGACUGUGAUCAAAAUAAAGCAUGCGUUCGAAGAAAAUGUGUUGAUCCUUGCGUCGGCGCAUGUGGACAAAACGCCAUUUGUCAAGUUGUUAAUCACAUCCCUAUGUGCAGUUGCGUUCAAGGAUUUUCUGGAAAUGCAUUUGUUGUAUGCAACACAGUUAAAGCACCAACAUAUGAGAAUCCUUGUAACACAGCAGUAUGUGGACCUAAUAGUCAAUGUCGAGUAAUGAAUAAUCAAGCCGUAUGUUCAUGUCUACCAACAUAUCUAGGAAUACCACCGGCUUGUAGACCAGAAUGUGUAGUAAAUUCAGAAUGCCCACAGAAUCAAGCUUGUAUGCAGCAAAAAUGUGUUAAUCCCUGUAUUGGUGCAUGUGGUGUUAGAGCUAUUUGUGACGUAUUCAAUCAUAACCCAAUUUGUACUUGUCCUCUUGCACAUUCCGGUAAUCCAUUUACAGAAUGUACUUUUAUAGCAAAUGCACCACCAAUAGAGGUCAAUCCUUGCCAACCUUCACCUUGUGGACCAAACUCGAUUUGCAGGGAUGUAAAUGGUAGUCCCUCAUGCAGUUGUAUCCCAGAAUACAAAGGACAGCCACCGUACUGUAAACCUGAGUGUAUAAGCAACAGUGAAUGCGCGCCGCAAUUAGCUUGCGUCAACCAAAAAUGUUCAGAUCCGUGUAUUAGAGCGUGUGGCGCAAAUGCUGAGUGUAAAGUUGUGAGUCACUCAGCUAUGUGCAUAUGUGCUCAAGGUUUCGUUGGAGAUCCAUUCACACAAUGUACACUUCAAACUCCUACUGAAAUUCUAACGCCGUGUUCGCCAUCGCCUUGUGGGCCGAACGCUGUAUGCCGAGAACAAAACAAAGUUGGAGCGUGUAUUUGCAAUGAAGGUUACUUUGGAAAUCCUUAUGAAGGCUGUCGGCCAGAAUGUGUCUCUAAUUCGGAUUGCCCUGGAAAUAGAGCUUGUAUAGGAAAUAAAUGUCAAGAUCCUUGUCCAGGAACGUGUGGAAUAAAUGCUGAAUGUACUGCAAUCAAUCACGUUCCAACUUGCACUUGUAUUGUCGGCUACACUGGUGAUGCAUAUCGACGAUGCAGUCAUAUACCCCUUCAGAUAAAUACACCUAUAAACGUUUGUAAUCCAAGUCCUUGUGGUCCCAAUAGUCAAUGUCGAAACGUAAAUAAUCAGGCAGUGUGUAGUUGCUUACCGGACUAUAUGGGACAGCCCCCGUCGUGCAAGCCUGAAUGUCUCCUAAACUCUGAUUGUCCUGUAGACAAAGCUUGCAUGAAUAAAAAGUGUGUGAAGCCCUGUCCUGGUCCUUGUGGUCAGAAUGCAGAAUGUAGAGUAUUCAAUCAUAAUCCCAUAUGCAGUUGUACGACUGGCUUCACCGGAGAUCCUUUCACAAGAUGCUAUUCUAAGCCAGUGAUACAACCACAAUUAGAUGAAACAAGAGACCCGUGCAUACCUUCUCCUUGUGGCAUGAACUCAAUAUGUCGAAAUGUAGGCGAUCAAGCCUCCUGUUCUUGUUCUCCUGGUUACCUUGGAAGUCCACCAAAUUGUCGUCCGGAAUGUAUCACCAAUCAAGACUGUAUAAGCUCACUUGCGUGUAUAAAUGAAAAAUGCAAAGAUCCAUGCCCAGGUUCUUGCGGUUUAAACGCACGUUGCUCAGUCUUCAAUCACGUUGCUGUUUGUACCUGCCUUGAAGGGUACACAGGCGAUCCCUUCACAUCGUGUGUUUUAAAACCGCAAUUAGAUCCAGUUCCUAUAGAUUUGUGUAAUCCAUCACCAUGUGGGUCUAACGCAGAGUGUAACAAUGGACAAUGUACGUGUUUGCCUGAGUAUCACGGAGAUCCAUUCAUAGGUUGUCGGCCCGAGUGUACCUUAAGUUCAGAUUGUCAAAGAGAUCAAAUUUGUGUCAGGAAGAAAUGUGUUAACCCAUGUCCCAGUACUUGCGGCGCCAAUGCAAUCUGUGAAGUUGUUAAUCACAUACCUAUGUGCAGUUGUCCUGCUGGUUAUACUGGCAAUUCUUUCGUAUCUUGCAAUGUUUUACAAGAACCAAUACUAUCGAAUCCAUGCAACCCGAGUCCCUGUGGACCAAACAGUCAAUGUCGUGAAAUUAAUAAUGUAGCAGUAUGUUCGUGCUUACCAAACUACUCCGGAAACCCACCAACUUGCAGACCCGAAUGUACCACAAGUGCAGAAUGUCCACUAACGAAAGCUUGUAACAAUUAUAAAUGUAUCAAUCCUUGCAAAGGAGCCUGUGGCGUUAGUUCCUUGUGCGAGGUUGUAAAUCACAAUCCAAUUUGCUCAUGUCCAAAUGGAUUUAUUGGAGAUCCGUUUAGUAGAUGCAUUGCGAAACCUCUUGCACUACCACCUCAAAUAAACCCAUGCGUGCCAUCACCUUGUGGACCAAACUCUAUUUGUAAAACAAUCAAUGACUCUCCAUCUUGUUCGUGUAUGUCAGAGUUCUACGGAGCACCUCCAAAUUGUCGACCCGAAUGCACGAGUAACAGCGAAUGCCUGAAUCAUAUGGCUUGCAUAAACAAUAAAUGUGGUGAUCCAUGUGUUGGAGCUUGUGGGUCCGCUGCGCAAUGCCGAGUAGUCAGUCAUACACCAAACUGUGUGUGCCCACCAGGUUACAUAGGAGAUCCAUUCGUAUCAUGUUCCUUGCAGCAGUUCACACUUACUGAAAAACCCACACCCUGUACGCCUUCACCAUGUGGGAGCAAUGCUAUCUGCAAAGAGCGUAACAAAGUGGGGUCGUGCAUAUGUUCCCCUGGAUACUUUGGAAAUCCUUAUGAGGGUUGUCGUCCUGAAUGUACAGUUAAUACUGACUGUCCCUCUAAUAGAAUUUGUCAACAAAACAAAUGUCAAGACCCUUGCCCAGGUACCUGCGCGAUUAAUGCACAAUGCCAAACCGUUAACCAUGCACCAAUCUGUACAUGCUUCCAAGGAUAUACUGGAAAUCCAUUCCAUAAUUGCAAACUUAUACAACAAGAAGAAUUACCAAAAGACCCGUGUCUCCCAUCGCCUUGUGGUCCAAACAGCGCCUGCAGAGUAGUUAAUGAUCAAGCUGUUUGCAGCUGUUUGCCAGAAUUCAGAGGUUCGCCUCCUAAUUGUAGGCCCGAAUGUAUUAUUAGUGCUGAAUGUCCGCAAAAUAGAGCAUGUGUAGCACAGAAAUGUAUCGACCCAUGUGCUGGACAGUGCGGACAAAAUGCUAAAUGUUACGUAAUUAAUCACAGUCCAAUAUGUUCCUGCAUGGAAAAAUAUACAGGCGAUCCUUUCAGCCGAUGUACUCUUAUGACAUCUCCAGUUCUUGCUGAACCGCCACAAAAUCCAUGUGUACCUUCUCCUUGUGGACCUUUUAGUCAAUGCAGAGAUAUUGGCGAAGUACCAUCAUGCACUUGUCUACCUAACUAUAUAGGAGCGCCACCGAAUUGCCGUCCGGAGUGCACGAUUAACGCAGAUUGUUCUAGCAACCAAGCGUGUAUUAAUCAAAAAUGUGAUGACCCCUGUCCUGGAUCUUGCGGUAUAAACGCACAGUGUAUUGUUAAAAAUCAUACGCCAAUUUGCACAUGUUUUGAUAACUACGUAGGAGAUGCUUUCACAGAAUGUAAAUUCCAAGAACCACCGCAAGAUAUUGAUCCUUGCAAUCCAUCACCAUGUGGAGCAAACGCUGUAUGCAGUAAUAAUGGCGAAUGUACUUGCCUUCCUGAAUAUCAAGGAGAUCCGUAUUUUGAAUGUCGACCUGAAUGUGUUCUUAGUUCUGACUGUCCUCAUGACAAAGCUUGUCACCGCCACAAAUGUGUAAACCCAUGCAACAGCGGUGUAUGUGCACCUAAUGCAAUUUGUGAAGUUAUACUUCACGUUCCUAUGUGUAGAUGUCCAGAACGCAUGACAGGAAACGCUUUCAUUCAAUGCUCCGUUCUUGAAGUUGAAAAACCCCAAACAUGUCAACCGAGCCCAUGUGGACCAAAUAGUCAAUGUCGUGACGUCAAUGGACAGGCUGUAUGUUCCUGUUUGCCCGACUUUAUUGGCAGUCCUCCAUCAUGUAGACCCGAAUGCAUUGUCAGCACUGAUUGUUUACCAAAUCAAGCUUGCAGCAAUAGAAAAUGUGUAAACCCUUGUCAAGGAACUUGUGGGGUGGGAGCAAAAUGUCAAGUUAUCAACCACAACCCAAUCUGUUCUUGCCCGCCAUCAAAUACAGGCAAUCCUUUCGUGAGAUGCCUUAUUUACAAUUUUACUCCUGAACCAGUAAAUCCUUGCACACCUUCACCAUGUGGACCAAAUUCAGUAUGUAAAGAAAUUUCUGGAUCACCAUCUUGUUCAUGCCUAAGUGGAUUUGUAGGAUCUCCACCGUAUUGCAAACCAGAGUGUAUUAGUAACUCAGAAUGUCCAACGCAUAAAGCGUGUAUAAACCAAAAAUGUACAGAUCCGUGUGUAGGCGGAGCUUGUGGAGUAAAUGCAGUGUGUCAUGUUAUAAGCCAUUCACCUGUAUGUACAUGCAUGGCAGAGUACACAGGAAAUCCUUUUAUUGAAUGCCACGGAGUAGAAAUUUUACAAGAGGCAACACCUUGUCAACCAUCACCAUGCGGCUCUAAUGCUAUUUGUAAAGAAUUCAAUGGCGCUGGAUCAUGCACAUGCUUACCUGAAUAUUUCGGUAAUCCAUACGAAGGGUGUAGACCGGAAUGUACAAUUAACACCGACUGUCCUUCUAACAAAGCAUGUUUGCGAAACAAAUGCCAAGAUCCUUGUCCAGGUGCUUGUGCACCAAAUGCCGUAUGCCAGGUGGUUUCCCACGCACCUUCUUGUAUUUGUGAAAGAGGUUAUACUGGCGAUCCAUUCCGCUACUGUACACCAGAGCAAAAUUUAGAAGUACCUGUCGACGGUUGUCAACCAUCGCCUUGUGGCCCGAAUAGCCGGUGUCAAGAAGUAAACAAACAAGCCGUGUGCUCUUGUAUGCCGAAUUACAUUGGGUCUCCGCCUGGUUGUCAUCCAGAAUGUGUAGUAAGCUCAGAGUGCCCAAGAGAUAAGGCGUGUAUAAACCAAAAAUGUGAAAAUCCAUGUGUUGAAGCAUGUGGACUAAAUGCUGAAUGUAGAGUUAUAAAUCAUAGUCCAAUUUGCCAGUGUCGACUACAUUACACGGGAGAUCCAUUUACUCGUUGCAACCCUAUUCCUCCACCGGUAGCAAAUUCUGAAUUGGAACCAUACAGAAACCCUUGUGUACCAUCACCAUGUGGACCGAACUCAAUAUGUCGAGAAAUUGGAAAUGUACCAUCUUGCACUUGCAUGCCUAGUUAUAUUGGAAGCCCACCAAGUUGUCGACCAGAGUGCUCUAUCAACACUGACUGUCCAUCUUCACAAGCUUGCAUUCAGCAAAAAUGUCGAGAUCCUUGUCCUGGUUCUUGCGGUAUUGGUGCCCUAUGUUCCAUAUCUCAUCACACGCCCAUAUGUACUUGCCCAGAUGGAUACAUUGGGGAUGCAUUUACUGUCUGUAACCCCAAACCUCCAGUGUUUGAUGAACUCGACAAAUGUAACCCAUCACCAUGUGGUGCAAACGCAAUCUGUAGAGAUGGUAAUUGUUACUGCAACGAAGAGCAUCAAGGCGAUCCUUAUGUUGGCUGCCGACCGGAAUGCGUUUUGAAUACGGACUGUCCAAGAAACAAAGCGUGUGUUAAAAAUAAGUGUGUUGACCCAUGUCUCGGAACUUGCGCUGCCAAUGCUAUUUGUGAUGUAAUCAAUCACAUUCCUAUGUGCAGCUGUCCUCAAGGAAUGACUGGUAACGCUUUCUACAACUGUGACCGCAUUCAAGCGCCAAUCGUAACAAACCCUUGCCUUCCAUCGCCAUGUGGACCGAACAGUCAAUGUCGUGAAGUAAAUGGUCAAGCUGUAUGUACCUGUGUAUCGGGAUAUAGAGGCAGCCCUCCGCUAUGUCGACCAGAGUGCGUCGUUAGUUCUGAUUGCCCAUUAAACCGAGCGUGUAGUAAUCAAAAGUGUAUCAAUCCAUGUGAAGGAUCUUGCGGCACUGGAGCAAAAUGCGAUGUUGUGAAACAUAACCCCAUUUGUACUUGUCCACCUCAAUACACCGGAGAUCCAUUCGUUAGAUGUGUACCAUAUAGACCACCGGUUUCUGAUGUCUCACCUUGUACUCCAUCUCCAUGUGGACCAAAUUCUAUUUGUAAAGAAAUUUCGGAUUUACCAUCUUGCACAUGUAUGCCAAAUUUCUUUGGAUCACCACCAUAUUGUAAACCCGAAUGCACCAGUAAUAGUGAAUGUCCAUCUAACCAGGCUUGCAUCAACCAAAAGUGUAAAGAUCCGUGUAUCAAUGUAUGCGGUCUUAACGCUCAGUGCAAAACAAUAAGCCAUUCUCCAAUGUGCUUCUGUGAUACCGGAUAUAUAGGAGAUCCUUUCUCAUUGUGCACACUGCAGCAAGACCCUAUUCAAGAAAAACCUACACCAUGUGAACCAUCUCCGUGUGGCGCAAAUGCUGUCUGUAAAGAGCAAAACCUAGCUGGCUCGUGCUCUUGCUUGCCUGAAUACAUAGGAAAUCCUUAUGAGGGAUGUCGUCCAGAAUGUACUAUAAAUACGGAUUGCGCACCAAAUAAGGCCUGUAUACGGAACAAAUGUCAAGACCCUUGUCCUGGAGCAUGCGGCUCUUUAGCUAGUUGCAACGUAGUAGCCCAUUUACCGUCAUGCUCUUGUCCUCCUGGAUAUACUGGAGAUCCGUACAGAAGAUGUGACGUUCAGCAAGAUCCUGUACCUGACAUCACAACACCAUGCGUGCCAAAUCCAUGUGGUCCAAAUAGCAUGUGUCGUCCAGUAAACGGUCAAAGCGUAUGUUCCUGCAUGCCUAACUACAUCGGAUCUCCGCCAGGAUGUCGGCCUGAAUGCACAAUAAGCUCUGAAUGCGCUGCAAAUAAAGCAUGCUUGAAUCACAAAUGUAUAGAUCCAUGUCCAGGUCACUGUGGAACCAACGCAAAUUGUAGAGUGGUUAAUCAUAGUCCAAUGUGCUCUUGUAGCUCUGGUUUCACCGGGGAUCCAUUUACUCGCUGCUAUGCAAUUGCCGUACAAAGUAUACCAGAACCGUACAAAAAUCCAUGCAUACCAAAUCCCUGUGGCGAUAACUCGAUAUGCCGUGAUAUUAAUGGAGCGCCAUCAUGCACUUGUUUGCCGAAUUAUCUUGGCCUCCCGCCAAAUUGCAAACCUGAGUGCGCCAUUAACCAAGAUUGUCCACCGAAUAAAGCCUGCAUGAAUAUGAAGUGUAGGGAUCCCUGUCCUGGAAGCUGUGGACAAAGUGCAGAAUGUACAGUGUUUAAUCAUUCGCCGGCCUGUACCUGCUCUCAAGGAUUCACAGGAGAUCCCUUCACAAGAUGUGUUGUAAUUGAACCAAUCAAAGAUGAAACACCAAAAGAUCCAUGUAACCCAUCGCCAUGUGGUUUCAACGCUGAAUGCAGAGACGGAAUAUGUACUUGUAUUAUUGAAUAUCACGGGGAUCCUUACAUUGGGUGUAACCCAGAAUGUGUGACCAAUACAGACUGUCCGAUGGACAAAGCAUGCAUUAGAAAUAAGUGCACUAAUCCAUGUCCUGGAAUAUGUGCUAUAAACGCAAUAUGUAAUGUUUACAAUCACAUCCCCAUGUGCUCUUGUCCCGAAGGAAUGUCUGGGAACGCUUUUGUUGAAUGUCAUCAAUUUGAUGUGGUGCAAACACAACCCUGCAGUCCAAGUCCAUGUGGACCGAACAGUCAAUGCAGACCCAUUAAUAAUCAAGCCGUAUGCUCUUGUCUGCCAACAUUUAUUGGAACCCCGCCGUCCUGCCGACCGGAGUGUACUAUCAGCGCUGAAUGUCCACUAAACGAAGCUUGCAACAACCAUAAAUGUAUUAACCCGUGCUUGGGUUCUUGCGGCGUUGGAGCUAAAUGUGAAGUUAUUAAUCAUAAUCCGAUCUGCUCUUGUCCGCCUCAAUAUACCGGAGACCCAUUCGCACGCUGUAGUCCCAUAGUUGCGACGCCACUACCACCAGUCGAUCCUUGUACACCAUCACCUUGUGGCCCGUACUCAAUUUGCAAGGUAAUUGGCGAAUCACCGUCCUGCACAUGUCAAUCGGACCACAUUGGUGCUCCGCCCAACUGUCGACCAGAGUGUGUCAGCAACUCUGAGUGUCCAAGCAACAUGGCGUGUGUUAACCAAAGAUGCAAAGACCCGUGUCCAGGAAGUUGUGGCUAUAAUGCCGACUGCAAAAUAAUCAGUCACGCUCUAGUAUGUUCUUGUCCAUUUGGGCAAACAGGAGAUCCUUUGGUGUCAUGCAGUCCAGUUGAAGACACAAGCAUCGAGUACGAUUCGCCAUGUGACCCAUCACCUUGUGGACUCAACGCCAUAUGUACAGAGAGAAACGGUGCCGGAUCUUGCAAAUGUGCUGAAUCAUUUGUGGGUAACCCAUAUGAAGGAUGCCGACCCGAGUGUGUAAUAAGCACUGACUGUCCGCCUAUGUUAGCUUGCAUACAAAACAAAUGCAAAGAUCCAUGCCCAGGAGUUUGUGCCCGCAACGGAAUUUGUCAAGUAGUCAAUCAUUUACCUUCGUGUUAUUGUCCACCGGGACUCACGGGAAAUGCUUACUCUUAUUGUUCAGAAGUUAUUCAAGAUGUUGAAAAACCAACACCAUGUACGCCAUCGCCUUGUGGUCCAAAUAGUCAAUGCCGAGAGGUGAACUCACAAGCUGUAUGCACUUGCCAAAAUGAAUUCAUAGGGACUCCUCCCAACUGUAGACCCGAAUGUACAAUCAAUAGCGAAUGUGCCAGUAACAAAGCAUGCGUGAAUCGCAAAUGCGUUGAUCCAUGUGUCAACCAAUGUGCAAGAAAUGCGAACUGCAGAGUCAUUGCUCACAGUCCAAUUUGUACGUGCAAGGACAGAUUUACUGGAGAUUCAUUUGUCAAUUGUGUGCCAAUUCCUGUUGCGAUUCCACCGUCUACUCCAAUAAAUCCUUGCAUACCAUCACCUUGUGGACCCAAUUCGCAAUGUCAAGAAUUCGGUGGCACGGCUCGUUGUACUUGCCUUUCAAAUUAUAUUGGCUCACCACCUCAAUGCAGGCCAGAGUGUACAAUAAAUUCGGAAUGCACAGCAACAUUAGCUUGUAUCAACAAUAAAUGUACUGAUCCAUGUCCUGGAGCGUGCGGAAAUAAUGCACAGUGCAUCGUUAAUAAUCAUUUGCCAAUUUGCUCUUGUAUUGUUGGCUACACUGGCGAUCCGUUUACCAGCUGUCGUCUUCUACCACAAGACAUUGAGACACCGAUAAAUCCUUGUUCACCGUCACCUUGCGGUGCUAAUGCUAUAUGCCAGAACGGUGCUUGCUCAUGUAUACCUGAAUACCACGGAGACCCCUAUUUAGGAUGUCAACCGGAAUGUGUACUUAAUUCGGAUUGUCCACGAAACAAAGCUUGUAUAAGAAACAAAUGUGGUGAUCCCUGUAAGGGCACCUGUGGCGCUGAAGCUAUUUGUGAGGUUAUCAAUCAUAUACCAAUGUGUUCUUGUCCACCAGGAUACACAGGAUCACCUUUCCUUUAUUGUACAAAAGUUUUAGAAUCACCUCCAGAACCAAUCAAUUUAUGUAUACCAUCACCGUGUGGACCAUACAGCCAAUGUAGAGAAUUAAAUGGACAUGCCGUGUGUGUCUGUGUACAAGGUUUUAUUGGCAAUCCACCCAACUGCCGGCCGGAAUGUACAGUGAGCUCCGAUUGCAACCUGAAUCAGGCUUGCUCAAACCAGAAAUGUAUUGACCCAUGUCCAGGGGCUUGCGGACGAAAUGCUCAAUGCAUUGUUGUCAAUCAUAACCCAGUCUGCACAUGUUUAUCAGGAUACUCUGGCGACCCAUUCACUACUUGUCAAUUAAUUCCUGCAUCUCCACCAGUUAAAGUAAACCCUUGCCUACCAUCUCCAUGUGGACCAAAUUCACAUUGCAUAGAAAACGGCGAUAACGCUCAAUGCAGUUGCUUGCCGGACUUCAUUGGAUCACCGCCCAAUUGUCGACCUGAAUGUACCAGCAAUUCUGAAUGUGCAAUGGACAAGGCAUGCAUAAACAAAAAAUGUAAAGACCCAUGCCCUGGUUCUUGCGGCCUAAACGCUGAAUGUAAAGUUGUAAGUCAUACACCGAUAUGUCUAUGUCCCAACGGUUACACUGGCGAUGCAUUCCUGCAAUGUAACAUCAAAGUAGAAGCCACAAUGUUAGAACGCCCAACACCUUGUGUACCAUCACCAUGUGGAACUAACGCAGAAUGCAGGGAGCAAAAUAGUGUUGGUUCAUGUACCUGCUUGCCUGGUUAUUUUGGAAAUCCUUACGAUUAUUGUAAACCAGAGUGCUUAGUGAAUUCAGACUGUCCUUCAAACAUGGCUUGUAAUCAAAACAAAUGCCGCGAUCCUUGCCCAGGUACAUGUGGUAUAAAUGCACAAUGUAACGUAAUCAAUAAUGUGGCAACCUGUAACUGCCUCGAUCAAUAUUAUGGUGAUCCGUACAGGAUUUGUACUUUCAAACCUCAAUCUGAUAUUACUGAUCCUUGCCAACCAUCACCUUGUGGACCUAACAGCCAAUGUAGAUCUCAGAAUGGGUUAGCCAUUUGCACUUGUCAAGUAGGUUAUCAGGGAUCUCCGCCUAUGUGUCGUCCAGAAUGUACCACCAGCUCUGAAUGUGCAAUGGACAAAGCGUGUGAAAACCAGAAAUGCAUUUCGCCAUGUCCAAAGGCUUGCGGCGUGAACACAAUUUGCAGAGUUAUUAAACAUAGUCCUAUUUGCACAUGUAAACAAGGAUACAGUGGAGAUCCAUUUACUAAUUGCUAUGUAAUGCCAGAACCAUUACCUGUAUUAUCAGAACCUACAAACCCUUGCCUUCCAUCACCUUGUGGACUGAAUGCACAGUGUCGAGACGUUGGUGGGAUACCAUCAUGUUCUUGUAUGAUUGGGUUCUUCGGUUUCCCACCCAAUUGCAAACCAGAAUGUGUGGUAAAUACUGACUGCAGUAACGACAAAGCCUGUAUGAAUAUGAAGUGUCAAAAUCCUUGCCAAGGAUCUUGUGGUAUAAGUGCAAUUUGUAACGUGAUCAACCACGUGCCGGUUUGCACAUGUCCCACAGACUACACUGGUGAUCCAUUCGUCAUGUGUACAGUAAAACCAAAAGAACCACCACUUGCGACUGACCCGUGCAAUCCAUCACCAUGUGGGCCUAAUGCUGAAUGUAACAACGGUGUAUGCACUUGCUUACCUGAAUAUCAUGGUGAUCCAUAUUUCGAAUGUCGACCUGAAUGUGUACUGAGCACGGAUUGUCCCUUGGAUAAAGCUUGUCUUCGUUUCAAAUGUACGAAUCCUUGUCAAGGCAUGUGUGGAACAAACGCAGAGUGCAAUGUGUACAACCACGUUGCUAUUUGCAGCUGUCCCGAUGGCAUGACUGGCGAUGCAUUUACGCAAUGCAGAAUAGUUGAACAACCCGUUACCAAACCUUGCGAACCAUCACCAUGUGGUCCAAAUAGUAUUUGCAGAGAAGCAAAUGGUCAAGCGAUCUGUGCAUGCUUAGAAACCUUUAUAGGAAAUCCACCAAAUUGCCGACCAGAAUGCAUACAAAGCACAGAUUGUUCUCCUUCCCUAGCAUGUAUAAACCGAAAAUGCCAAGAUCCCUGUCCAGGGUCAUGUGGACAUAAUGCCGUGUGCAAUGUGUAUAAUCACAAUCCCGUAUGCAGCUGUCCUCCCAGAUACACUGGCUCGCCGUUUGUUCACUGUUACAUUCAACCAUUGCAAGAACCGCCCAGCAAUCCUUGUAUUCCAUCUCCAUGCGGUCCAAACGGUCUUUGUAAUAUAGCACCUGGUACCAAUUCAUCUGUUUGUAGUUGUCAACCAACAUUUGAAGGAAAUCCACCUAAUUGUCGUAGGGAAUGUACUACAAACGACGAAUGUCCGUCCGACAAGGCCUGUAUUAAUUACAAAUGUAAGGACCCGUGUCCAGGUUCUUGUGGAAGUAAUACGCAAUGUGGGGUUCGUUUGCACAGCCCUAUGUGCUCUUGCCAAGAAGGCUAUGUAGGAGAUCCAUUCACGUCGUGCCACUUAGUGUCACAAAGUAUUGAACCAGUAGACCCUUGCAAUCCAACACCCUGUGGUACUAAUGCGCGAUGCAAAGUUUCGAGAAAUGGUGCAGCUGCUUGUAUCUGUGAACCAGGGUAUUUCGGAAAUCCAUAUGAAAUUUGCAGACCUGAAUGUGUUGUAAACACUGAUUGUCCAUAUAACAAGGCUUGUAGAGGAAACAAAUGUGAAGAUCCUUGCCCAGGUGCAUGCGGUUCUACUGCUGUAUGUCAAGUUAUCAAUCACGUGCCUUCGUGUAGUUGUGCCCCUAGUUACACUGGUAACCCUUACCAGUACUGUCACAUUAUUAUCAACGAACCUACGCCAGUACCACUUGAUCCUUGUAUACCAAAUCCAUGUGGAAGUAACUCAAUUUGUAAAAAUAACAAUGGUUUAGCAAUAUGCUCGUGUGCUCAAAAAUUCUUUGGUUCUCCACCGAACUGUCGCCCAGAAUGUACAGUAAAUUCAGAAUGUGAUGCCAGCAAGAGCUGUCUAAAUCAAAAAUGCAUUAAUCCAUGUGUCAAUGUCUGUGGCGUAGACGCCGAAUGUAGAGUCGUUAAUCAUGCACCAAUUUGCUCAUGCCGCCAAGGUUUUGAAGGGGAUCCAUUUGUCAGAUGUCUACCAGUACAAAAACUACCGCCAGCAGAUAUCAACCCAUGCAUACCAUCUCCAUGUGGACCCAAUGCCCUCUGUCAGAUCGCAAAUAAAUCGCCGUCAUGCACUUGUAUGGAUAAUUACAUUGGAUCACCUCCGAACUGCAGAGCAGAAUGUACUAUAAACUCAGACUGUGCUAGUAACCGAGCUUGCAUUAAUCAGAAAUGUCGUGACCCGUGUCCAGGGUCUUGUGGACUGCAGACGGAAUGCCAUGUUUACCAACAUGCCGCAGUAUGCAGCUGCAGAGAAGGAUUUACAGGCAAUCCAUUCCAAAGCUGCUACCUUCAGGAAGAUAUCGAACCCGUUCCAAAUGAUUACGACAAAUGCAAACCAAGUCCUUGUGGCGCAAACGCUGACUGUAACGAUGGAGUAUGCACGUGCAGGUCGAAUUAUUUUGGCAACCCGUACCUAAGUUGCCGACCUGAAUGUACUCACAAUUCAGACUGUGCACAAAACCUAGCAUGUGUGAAUAACAAAUGUGUGAACCCAUGUAUCAAUCUAUGCGGGCAAGGCGCUUUGUGCGAAGUGUAUAACCACAUCCCUAUGUGUAGUUGUCCAUCAAAUACCACUGGAAAUGCUUUCUUCUCUUGUAUGCCUAUUACAGCGGAUCCUAUUACGAAGAAUCCAUGCGAACCAUCUCCAUGUGGACCUUAUAGUAUCUGUCGCAUAUUGAAUCAACAAGCCAUGUGCUCGUGUCUCAUUGGCUACGUAGGAGUUCCACCAUCUUGCAGACCAGAAUGUUUGGUAGACUCUGAUUGCACAAGUCUAAUGGCGUGCUCAAACCAAAAGUGCAACAAUCCUUGUUUGGGAGCUUGCGGAAUUAACGCAGAAUGUAAAGUACACAAUCAUAAAGCUAUUUGUUAUUGUCCCAAUGGCUACUCUGGUGAUCCGUUCACACAAUGUACCAUCAUUCAAUAUGAACCACCAUCAAAGAAGGCACCUUGUGAACCAUCACCUUGUGGUCCAAACUCUGUGUGUCGUGUAGUCGGUGAAUCGCCCAGCUGCACAUGCUUGUCAGGAUACAUUGGCUCUCCGCCUUAUUGUCGACCGGAGUGCGUCACAAACAGCGAAUGCAGCUUUGACAAAGCGUGUAUUAACAAUAAAUGUACCGAUCCAUGCCUUGGAGCAUGUGGACCGAAUGCAGACUGUAGAGUCAUCAGCCACUCACCUCAAUGCGUUUGCAGAAGUGGAUACCAAGGUGAUUCGUUUGACCAGUGCAUCCCAAUCAGAGAUCCUGCUCCGAGGCCAAUACUGCAUCAGAACGCAUGUUCACCGAACCCCUGUGGUCCAAAUGCAGUAUGUCAGGAACGCAAUAAUGCAGGCAGCUGUACUUGCAUUGGCGGCUAUUUCGGAAAUCCCUACGAAGGUUGCAGACCAGAAUGCUUAAUUAACUCUGACUGUCCACAAAAUCGGGCGUGCAUUAACAACAAGUGUCAAGAUCCUUGUCCAGGCCUUUGUGGAUUAAAUGCACGAUGCCAAAUAGUCAGUCAUUUGCCGAACUGUAUCUGUGUAACUGGUUAUGUAGGCAAUCCAUAUGAGAACUGCGUAUUGAGGGAAGAACCACCAAUAGAUCCAUGUACUCCAUCUCCUUGUGGACCGUAUAGCACUUGCAAGACAGUAAAUAAUAAAGCCAUGUGCUCUUGCUUGCCAGAAUUUAUCGGUAAUCCGCCUAAUUGCCGGCCAGAAUGUGUAACAAGCCCUGAGUGUCCGCUAACAAAAGCAUGUGUCAGACAAAAAUGUGUUGACCCAUGCGUUGGGACUUGCGGAGAGAACGCGCAAUGUCGUGUCCAUUAUCACAGCCCGUACUGCACAUGCUUACCUGGUUAUGAAGGAGAUCCAUUUGUUAAGUGCAAUAGAGAAAAAGUUAUGACACCGUCGCUAAAAUCACCGUGUGAACCCAGCCCCUGUGGUCCAUUCUCCACAUGCAAAGAUAUUGGAGGGUCAGCAACAUGCAAUUGUAAACCAGGCUAUAUUGGUGUACCACCUCGCUGUGCACCAGAAUGUACUAUUAAUGAAGACUGUCCUAAUGACAAAGCAUGUGUUAGAGAAAAGUGCUCAGAUCCUUGUUUAGGAUCUUGCGGCUCAAAUACAAACUGUAGGGCAAUGAAUCAUCUGGCCAUUUGCACAUGUUUAAGCGGCUACAGUGGUAAUCCAUUCACUAGCUGCUACGUUUUCGAUGAACCUCAGCUACCCGUGCCUGUAGAUCCAUGUGGUCAAUCACCAUGUGGAAUAAACUCGAUUUGUAAUAACGGCGUAUGCUCCUGCAUACCCGGAUAUCACGGCAAUCCGAACAUUAAAUGCAGACCAGAGUGUACCACCGAUAAUGACUGUGAUAAGAAAUUAGCUUGUGUUAACUAUAAAUGCGUAGACCCUUGCAAAAAUGCAUGCGGUCUACAAGCUGUAUGUAAUGUUUACAACCAUAUUGCGAUAUGCGAGUGUCCUGCACCAUUACAAGGGGAUGCAUUUAUUGCUUGUCACCGAGUCACAGCUCCUGCUGUAUCGGAUCCGUGCACGCCAAACCCUUGCGGACCCAAUAGUAUUUGCCGAGCAGACGGCACCGUUGCACACUGCUCUUGCCGACCACCAAUGUUCGAGGAUCCUCCAAGUUGCCGCCCAGAGUGUCGCAGUGAUUCCGAGUGCCCGUCGGACCGCGCUUGUCGCAAUAACAAAUGCCGAGACCCUUGCCCAGGCACGUGUGGUGCAUACGCAGUAUGCCAGACCAAACGGCAUGUACCCAUUUGUACAUGUCCCGAAAAUUACCUUGGAGACCCAUUCAUUAGAUGUCAAGUACCAGCUCUUAAUUCCGAAGCCAAACAAAAAGUUCCAUGUUCGGAUUGUGGGCCAAAUGCCGACUGUAUCGACAGCCAAUGUCGUUGCAAACCAUUCUUCUUCGGAUCGCCGCCGUUCUGUCAUUACGAAUGUCUCAGUUCUAGCGACUGUGAUUGGACCCGUACCUGUAUAAACAAACGUUGUGUAGACCCAUGCCCAGGAGCAUGUGGACAAGGCGCAACAUGUACACCAGUAGCCCAUGAGCCUCGUUGCGAUUGUCCACCAGGAACUAGAGGAAAUCCACUCGUAGCGUGUCGACCCGUCGAAAACAUCUUCCCGAAACCACCAAGUGAUCCAUGCAACCCAUCACCAUGUGGGCCAGGCGCCGUCUGUCGCACUAGAGGAGUAGGAGCAUCCUGCGAGUGCGAACCUGGUCUUCACGGCGACCCUUACACAGGGUGCCGACCAGAGUGUCUUGCCGAUUCUGAUUGUUCAACUUCACGAGCGUGUAUACGGUCUCGUUGUCGCGAUCCUUGUGAAGGCACUUGCGGCAUAGGGGCUGAAUGUGAAACUGUCAACCACAUACCUCUCUGCUCAUGUCCACCAGGAACUAGAGGAAAUGCAUUUGUGAGAUGUGAUGUUAUUAUGUCAGCUCCUCCAUGUACACCAUCACCAUGCGGUCCAGGCGCAUUAUGCACAGAAUCAGGGAAUAGAGCAAUAUGUUCAUGUCCACCCGGCACUAGUGGCAAUGCAGCGACAACGGGCUGUCGGCCAGAAUGUAUCGUCAGCUCGGAGUGUCCACGCGACCGUGCCUGCGUACGCAACAAAUGCAUUGAUCCCUGUGUCGGUGCUUGUGGCAACAAUGCAUUAUGUCGCGUUUUCGAUCAUGCUCCAAUUUGUUCCUGUCCACAAUCUACCACCGGAGAUCCUUUCCUAGACUGUCGCGCUGUUCCAGAUCAAGUACCCAACGUAUACGACGACCCAUGUGAUCCUAAUCCAUGUGGACCACAUGGGACCUGUCGCGACGGCUUCUGUACAUAUCCCGAGUGUAUCGUUAACGACGACUGUCCGGGAGAUCGCACAUGUAUCAACAGAAAAUGUAUUGAUCCUUGUAUCAACGCUUGUGGCCUUAACGCAAUCUGUGCCGGAGUAAGACAUGCAGCUGUGUGUUCUUGUCCGGCCGGCUACACCGGUUCACCAUUCGUUCGUUGUGAUCGUGUCAUCAUAUCAACUCCGCCGCCACCUAAGCCAGAAUGUGUCAGAGAUAAUGAAUGUGCCGAUAAUGCAGCUUGCAUCGAUAAUCGUUGCACGCCGGUCUGUGGACCUACUAAUUGCGGCCUCAAUGCGAAAUGUAUAGCACGACAGCAUAGAGCACGUUGUGCUUGUCUGCCUGGAUAUGAAGGAAACGCCGAUGCUGGAUGUUAUUCCGUUCAGUGUCACAGCAACAAUGAUUGUCCAGACGAUGAAAGUUGUGAAAGUGGUUCAUGCAUAAAAGUAUGUUCACGAGUACGUUGUGGAAACGACGCCCAUUGCGUGGCACGGGGUCAUACAGCAUCUUGCGAAUGUGACACCGGAGCUCGCGGCAAUCCUUGGAUAGGAUGUCGUCGAGCUGAAUGUACUGUAGACGAGGAAUGUGCCUCAUGGUUAGCAUGCCGAAGUGGAACAUGUCAAAAUCCUUGCCCAGGUGCUUGCGCACCCGAAGCGCAAUGCAGUGUUGUACGACAUAUACCUGUAUGUGAGUGCCCAAGAGGAACCGAGGGCAACCCCAAAAUCAACUGCCAACCAGUUCGUGAUAAUGUGGAAUGCGAAACUGAUGCUGAAUGUGGCCCUGGGCUUGCAUGUCUUCAAAACAACUGUAGAAACCCAUGUGAUUCCACAUCGUGUGGACAACGGGCCGUGUGUAGAGUCGCAAAUACACUACCAUUCCGCACAAUGGUGUGCGAAUGUCCGAAACCAUUAACUGGUGACGCGUCAGUACAAUGUAAUCCCAGAAGCGAAUGUAGAGAGGACUCAGAAUGCGGUGAUGAAGACCGUUGUUCGGAGGGGCGAUGCGUGCCAGUGUGCGACGCGACAGCGUGCGGCGUAGGCGCCGAGUGCCGUGCCAAUAACCACCGCGCUAGUUGCGUGUGCGUGCCGCCGCUGCAAGGAAAUCCUAAAGUCGCUUGCACGCCUGGAGCCCCUGGACCAGAAUGUACAGUAGACUCUCAGUGUGGAGCUGCAGAAGCAUGUGUAGCGCAGCGUUGUGUAUCUGCCUGCGCUGGCGCCUGCGGCACGGGUGCCUUGUGCGAGCCUAUCGAUCACCGCGCUCGCUGCCGCUGCCCGCCCGGAACCGCGGGCGACCCAGCACGAGCUUGUUACACACCUGAAUGUACAUCAGACGACAACUGUCCCUUCGAUAAGAGUUGUAUCAACAGAUAUUGCCAAGAUCCAUGCGCACUUGGAUCUCCGUGCGGCCGUGAUGCAAUAUGCCAAGUUGUGGCUCAUGCGCCAACAUGUCGAUGCCCACCAGGAACGCAAGGUGACCCGCACAGAGCUUGCAUCUCUGCAGUAUGUCAUUACAACGAAGAUUGCGAUGACAACCAACUUUGCAAUCGCCUUAACCGCGUUUGCCAGCCCGCCUGCUCUGACAAUGCUUGCGCUCCUGGUGCCCUUUGUACUGCUAAAGAUCAUCGGCCAAUUUGUAGUUGCCCACCUGGCCGAUCAGGUGAUCCAUACCUGCGUGGUUGCACAUCUACACAAAUUACUCCCGAAUGUAUGUCAGACGCUGAUUGCUCUUCCCCACUGGCAUGCGUCAAUUCACGAUGCGCUGAUCUGUGUAUUGGCAAUCCAUGUGAAGAAGGUUUGAUUUGCAAAACGGUCGACAUUCUGCCGCUUCGCGCCGUUGCUUGUGUCUGUCCGGAUGGAGGACGUAUGGCCCCAGACAGCGGAUGUCGUGCUCCUCCUGAAGCGGAAUGCUCUGCCGACUCUGACUGCGCCAAUAGCCAGACUUGCCGCCGUGGAACCUGCGUUGAAGCAUGUCGAGCUGACCCUUGUGGUCACAAUGCUAUAUGCGACAGUGUCGAUCAUGUAUCCCGUUGCACUUGCCCACCAGGCUACAACGGCAAUCCAAGAUUUGAGUGCAAUCCAGAAGCGAGACAACCAACAACAUGGGAAUGCUACAGCGAUGAUGAUUGUGGACAAGAACGCGCUUGCAUAGACAGAAUUUGCGUUAACCCUUGCGACAACUCUUGCGGGCUCGGAGCGUUAUGUCGCGUCAUUAGCCAUAAGGCAAUUUGCUCUUGUCCCAGAGGUUACACAGGAGAUGCUACGAUUCGCUGUAUACCACCUUCAGAUAAGUCCGUAGUACCUGUGGGAUGCAGAGCAAACUCAGACUGUCCGCUGUCACAAGCAUGCGUAAACAACGCGUGUGCAGAUCCUUGCGCAUGCGGCUCCCACGCAGAGUGCAAUGUUAUACGACACCACCCAGUGUGCUUCUGUGAAAGUGGAUAUUCUGGCAACCCUUAUGUAGGAUGCGUUAAAGUCGGCUGUUCUUCUGAUUCCGAGUGCCCAGACAGCGACACUUGCUACAACGGUGCAUGUGUUAAUCCAUGCUUAGUCGAAGCUCCAUGUGCCAUAAGUGCUGAAUGUUACGGUAAAGCUCAUCGACCCAACUGCCGCUGUCUCGCUGGCACUAUCGGAAAUCCUUACAUUAGAUGUCAAGCAUCCGAAUGUGAAAUAGAUACUGACUGCAACGAUGAUAGCGUUUGCGUAAGAGGUGUCUGCCGCAAUGCUUGUACGGCUGAAGGACGAAGCCCUUGUGCCAGUAAUGCCGAAUGUUUUGCAAGAAACCACGCGGCCUCCUGUAAGUGCCCAUCAGCUUUACCGCAAGGAGAUCCGUUGACCUAUUGUCAAAAGGUAGUAGUAAUCGGGGAGCCAGAAUGUCGUAUUGACAGCGAGUGUCCUAGUGGUCAGGCAUGUCUCAGAGAUGAAUGUCGCGACGCCUGCGCUGCGUUGAAACCAUGUACCGGUAUUGCUCGUUGUUCAGUAUCUGACAGUACACCGUUCCGCACAUUGAUUUGCCGCUGUCCCGAUGGUUACAUCCCAGAUGAAGGCGGUGCAUGUAAACCUGCGCAAUUACCGCCACUAAGCUGUUCUUCAGACCAAGAUUGCAGCGAUCAGGAUUCAUGUAUCAAUAGAAUAUGCCGCAAUCCAUGCAACUGCGGAGAAAAUGCCGAAUGUUUCGUACGUGAUCACAGACCAGUUUGCUCUUGUAAAGCUGGCUUUGAUGGAGACCCCUAUCAUACAUGCCGAAUUGUUGGCUGUCGUUCCAACUCUGAAUGUGAAUCACGUCAAGCCUGCAUUAACGGCAACUGUAUUAACCCAUGCCUACUAAAUUCUACGUGCGGAUCAAACGCUGAAUGUUAUGUCGAAAGAAACCAUCCACUUUGCCGCUGUCGCUCUGGAUUUGAAGGCGAUGCUUACAGAGGAUGCAAUGCCAUUGAAUGCCGUUCUAAUGGUGACUGCCCUCAAGACAAACAAUGUCGCGCACACAGAUGCAUCAAUCCAUGCCUCGCUGAUAACAUUUGUGGCACCAACGCAAUCUGUUUAGUACGAAACCAUAUAUCUGUUUGCAAGUGUGAACAAGGCUAUGUUGGAAGCCCAUACGUCGAAUGCAGACCACAAAUUACAGCAGAAUGUCACAAUGAUGGCGACUGUCCAUCGAAGCAAGCAUGUCUAUUAUCUAAAUGUGUCAAUCCUUGCACAGCUUUACGACCUUGCGCCACCCCUGCACAUUGCGAAGUUUCGCCCACUUUGCCAGUACGUACAAUGCUAUGCACAUGUCCACCAAGAUACGUAAGCAGCGGGGGUGGUGUUUGCCGCCCUGUUACAGCAUUUUCAGAAGUCACAUGUGAGAUGGAUAACGACUGUACAUCAAACCAUGCCUGCAUAACCUCAGUGUGCAAAAAUCCAUGUGAGUGUGGACCAAACACGGACUGUCAAAUUAAAGAUCAUAAACCAGUAUGUGCAUGCCAACCAGGUUUUAUUGGAGAUGCACGAACAGGAUGUUACGAAAUACUAUGUCAAUCAGAUUCACAAUGUUCGGAUGACGAAAGUUGCAUAAACAACCGAUGCAUUCCAGCGUGUUCCGUUAAUCCUGAUAUCUGUGGAGAAUCAGCUGAAUGUUACGGUGUUGAACACAGAGCAUCAUGUCGGUGUAAAAUUGGCACUGUAGGUAAUCCUUCCAUAGCUUGCACACCUAUUGGCUGUCGCGCGGAUUCAGAGUGCCCACAAGACAAAGCCUGUAUAAACUCCAAAUGCGUUAACCCUUGCAAGGAUACCACAUGCAACAAACCUGCAGAAUGCAGAGUACAUCUCCAUGAGACUCAUUGUAUCUGUCCUCCAGGCUACGAAAGCACAGCUACUGGAUGUAUUCUAACUACAGAACCACAGUGCGUAUCAGACGUAGACUGCCCAUCAGGAACUGCUUGUUUGAACUCCAAAUGCGUGAACCCAUGCCUUGAAACAAAACCAUGUGGUGUCAACGCUGAAUGCAAAGUCAUCGAUACACUUCCAGUCAGGACAAUGGUAUGCGAAUGUAUACCAGGUUACAAAGGAAACGCCCUUAUCGAAUGUCUCCCGAACAAUCCACCUAUCGCUAAAUGUAUACCUGGCCAAGGCGUAGACGGAAAUGGUGAAUGUGUUCCGUGUUCUGAAGAGGAAGGCCGCAUCGUCGACAGUCGAAGACGCUGCGUUUGCGACACAGAAAGAGGAUACGUACCACGAGGAGACGUCUGUGUGUUACUGGGUUGCAGAUCUGACAACGAGUGUGACGAUCGCGAACGUUGUAUUAACGGAGCUUGUGUAAAUGCAUGCGAAGCUGAACCAUGUGGCAUUAACGCAACAUGUGAUGCCUAUGGUCAUCGUUCUCAUUGCACUUGUAUCACAGGCUACGUUGGCAACCCUAGAAUUCAAUGUUCAUCUCCACCAGAAACGAAUUACCGAACGGACUUCCCUCUGCCAGAAAUGCAGGUACACUGUCUGGCCGAUGGAGUACGCGUUAGUCUUAAGAUCAAGGACUUCAAUGGAGUGUUAUACGUGAAGGGUUACAGCAAAGACGAACGAUGUCGCCUAGUGGUGCAUACACUGGAGAAUCAAGAAAGCCCUGUCGACUUCACUGUUCACUUCGGAGAUUGUGGUCUUGUACAUGUCAACGGUUUGGCAAGCUUUGUACUUGUAAUGCAGAAACAUCCAAAACUAGUAACAUCAAACGCAAAGGCGUUCCACAUCAAAUGUUUCUACCAGACUGGCGAACAAAAUGUGACGCUUGCGUUCAACGUAUCUAUGUUGACGACAGCCGGAACAAUUGCCAACACCGGCCCUCCGCCAACAUGCUCUAUGAGAAUCGUAUCUCGAACGGGAGAUGAGGUUAGCUCUGCGGAAAUUGGAGAAAAUCUCAUUCUGCAAGUUGAUGUCCAACCAUCAAGCAUAUACGGCGGAUUUGCGCGCAGCUGCAUAGCCAAGACAAGUGAAGUUGCAACAAAUGUAGAGAACGAAUACACGGUAACAGAUGCAGAUGGAUGCGCUACUGACGCUGCCAUCUUCGGGGAAUGGGAGCGCAGUGAAGAUGGCGGGGCACUACGAGCUGCGUUUAAUGCAUUCAAAUUCCCCAGCAGUGACAACAUUAGAUUCCAGUGCAAUAUACGUGUUUGUUUUGGAAAAUGUCAACCUGUAAAUUGUCGCGGAUUCGACGCUUUUGGUAAACGAAGAAAACGUGAAGCAAUCGACAACGAUGGCCCUCUAACGGGCAAUGAGGGCCAACUUCGAGAGGAGGUGACCGUCGAGUCUAACCAGAUCUUAACGCUGGAGCGGCGUGACCCAUCCCGAGUGGCCCGACAACGCGAUGGAACUGCGGACGGUGCGGCCGGGCCAGCCGAGGUGUGUGUGUCAGCCGCGGGGCUGGCCGUGGCGCUGGCGCUGACGGCGCUGCUGGCCCUCGUGGCGGUGGCAGCCGCCGUCGCCUGUUGGCUCGUGGCGUGGAGACGCGCGCGACCGCCCCCCGCACCCCUGCCGCAUCCGCCCGACUUCCCUAACCCGCUGUUCCAGCGCUGAUCUACACUAGUCCCGCGCCCCGCUCCUCCGCCGGCGCCGGGCGGUGUCGGCUCUUUCUUCUCACUCACUUAGCUUUAAACUUGUGUGUGCCGUCGGAGGACCGUCGGGCGAGGGCGCCGCGAGCGCUCUGCAGUACUACGAACUGCGUCCCUCGCUCACGCUCGCUGCGCCCUGUUUAGGUUACUUUUUACAAUGUAUCUAUAUUAAUGUGGAAUCGUCGCCUCCUUCGAAUUUUGUGAUAUUCAUAAAUAUAAAUAUUCGAAACACCAUAAUUUUAUGUAAAAUAAAUAUUGAUUUUAUUAUUUAGAAUAAACG